AUGCGGGAAUCACAGGUAUUCAUUAUUAUUAUUAUUAUUAGCCAGUCACUUUAAUAAUUAUCUUUCUUUUUAAUGGCAAUUUAUGUUUUAAUGUGUAAUAAUGUCCAAUAUAUUUUAUGAUACAGCAGUAUAGAAAUAUUUUUAUAACUAAAUAAAAAAAAUACACACCGAAUAAUUGUGUUUGCAUAAACUGGUUAAUGUGUAUUGGGAAUUAGACCUAACCGUUAACAAUUGCUGGCUAUGACACCUAUUUUAUGAAGCAAUUUUUUAAAAGUUGAAUGUUCAGUGCAUGGAAAUAGAUUAGCAUUAAAAUCUAUUGACUUCUGUGUAAGCCACCACUCCAAAGAAGAGAGUCUCAAGAAAGGACACACCACACAUGCUAUUUUAAGGCUCUUCAACCUCUGCAUGCUCCAUUAAGUAGCUGUGGGAGGAAACCAAAGCCUCAAGAAUGACAACUGAACUGCUGCUUACAUACUAAUGACAUUUUUAAAAAGUAUUCCCCCCCCCCAAUCUCCUCAGUAGCAAAAGUGGGACAACAGAGGAACAUUAAAUAAGAGGGAUGUUUGCUACACAACAGGGGGCUGCCAUGGGUAACUAAGUAGGGACAGUUGAAGAAUAUGUGUGUUGUGUUUUAUCAGGAAAAGAAUUUGAGGAAUUCCGUUUAUCCAGCAAGCAAAAUGGCCACUGUGUUGCAGUGAGGAAGGUAUUGGGCGUGGUUGCACAACAAGAAGAUAAAAAUCCUUGCUCAGCCACAAAGCUCACUGAACAGGCCCCUGGGCAAAGUCACUUAUCUUUCAGUCAAAAAAACCUGAGAGAGAAGUGAGGUAAGAAUCACAGGUAUUUUCAAAAAGGCCCUGUCUGCAAUCCAAGUCUGCAAAUUACCUGGUGGUGGUACUGGUGGUGGUAGUAGUAGUAAUAAUAAUAAUUAAUAAUUGUACCCCACCCAUCUGACUGCGUUUCUCUAGUCCUGCUCUAGUCAGUGGAAUGAAGUGGACAAGAAUAGGACCUAAGGUAGCCAGGUGGAAAAUACCUUUAAUUGCUAUGUAAAUGAGGAAAUUUCCUCUUUUUUCCCUGUGGCCACCUUAAGGGGUAGCGUGUCAAGCUUCUUUGUUUUGCACUGCUAUAGAAUCACACCACAGCCAUUUACUUCAACAAGGCCCCAGGAUUCUUUUAGCCUUUGUUGCAAAUUGGCCAAGUUUUAUUAUUCUGACUACAUUGGAAUUAGUUUAUGAAUAAUCGUGCCUUUACACUAAUAUACAUACACUGAUCUUAUCAGAGGCACUAUCUGUCCUCAAGUACCCUAACGGCAGAACAUGCUCCUGCUUUAAAACCUUGUUUAUAUUCUCUGUCUUGGUAACUGGAGAUCACAAAAGGCAUUGCUAUUAGAACAAUCCUGUUUAUGUUUCUCCUUUGGAUUUUCAGAAGUUGUUAAAAAGUGCCACUUUCUUUCUUUUAAUAAAAAAAAUAGCAAGCAGCCUGACAAAAAAAAUAUUGGUGAAAACAAACCAACAGCAUACUAUGCUGAGAAUGCAAACAGGCUGUGAGGCUGAAAGAGAGGACUAUUCCUUAGCAGAUACGGUUCAGAAAUAGAAUCCAUUAGCAAAUUUGACUUCGCAAGAUCUGAACAAGUGGUAUGGGUGCCUCUUUCAUUGCAAAAUGCCACAUUACAAAUGGUCAGAUUAUGUACUAUCAUUCUUCUUCUUCUUCUUUGGUGAUCACUCAUAGCCGUGUAAGGUUGUCUUCUAUAAACACAGUUUUAACAAUGAGUCCGUAAGUGACUGUGGAGGCCAAUUCUGGAUCCACACGUCCUUCCACAGUGGGGACAUUGGUUUUCGGGCAGGAGUUGAUCACGGUGUGGAUUUGCCAAGCGUGCCUUCCUCUUAGCACAUUUCUCCCUUGCGUCCUGAGUUCGAGUGUCUUCAAAGCCCAUGACACUUUUGGUAAAGGCUGUUCUCCAGUUGGAGCUCUCACAGGCCAGCGAUUCCCAGUUGUCAGUGUUUAUACUGCAUUUUUUAAGAUUUGCCUUGAGACAGUCUUUACCUAGCAGUGCUUGAAUUCUGCAUAAAGCAGUGUAUACAGUGGUUUAUAAGACUAGGUUAUAAAAAGGUAAAGGGACCCCUGACCAUUAGAUCCAGUCAUGAACGACUCUGGGGUUGCAGCUCUCAUCUCGCUUUACUGACCGAGGGAGCCGGUGUACAGCUUCCGUGUCAUGUGGCCAGCAUGACUAAGCCGCUUCUGGCGAACCAGAGCAGCGCACGGAAACGUCAUUUACCUUCCUGUUGGAGUGGUACCUAUUUAUCCACGUGCACUUUGAUGUGCUUUCGAACUGCUAGGUUGGCAGGAGCUGGGACCGAACAACAGGAGCUCACCCCGUUGCAGGGAUUCGAACCACCGACCUUCUGAUCGGCAAGCCCUAGGCUCUGUGGUUUAGACCACAGCACCACCUGCGUCAUAAGGUAGGUUAUUUUUGCCUUAAAUGUUGUUAACAAUUCAGAGAAAGAAAGAAAGAAAGAAAGACCCAAAGGUGACCUUUGCCUUUAAAAUUCGAAAUGCACAUUCGGUUGUUAUUCAGUUGUUAUUCAACUGAAAUAAUCUCUUUGAAGUUACUUCCUCCAGGUUUACAACCUGUGGCCAUUGUGGUGUAAAUGAAAUCUGAUGGAUAGAAUCUUGCCGGAAAUUGAAUGUGUAUUUUAGCAUACUGUGGAAAGAGAUGAGGUUUAGGCUGCUUCCACACUGGACAUUUACUAUGGAAUAGGCAUGAUUUGGUCACUCACUUUUUGCAGAGCAUUUGCACACAUCUGUGAACAAAACGCACGCCUCUUCUUGUUGUCUGAAGAAGUGUGCAUGCACACGAAAGCUCAUACCAAUAACAAACUUAGUUGGUCUCUAAGGUGCUACUGGAAGGAAUUUAUUUGUUUGUUUGUUUGGAAUAGCUGUAGAUGGCUAUCCUGGCUAAUAAUGGCUUGCAUGGUUUGCUGCAUAUUUGCUUUCUGUGGCCUGCGUCUCCUCUCUAGGAACCAGCUCUAUCACUUUAACUUUUUCCUUUCCAAAUAGCAUUGCCUUUAUAUCUGCAGCAAAGGUGGCAAUUAUGAUGUGGAAGGCAGUUGAGAGUAAAGGAUUUGUUUAACCUUUCCCCAAAUGAAAAGCAACUCCUCCAGCACUUGAGUUGCAGAGUGUUUGGAGUCUGAAAGCAGGAGAACUAUUCUGCUUCCAGCUUAAAGCAGAACAGCACUGAAAGCACCUUUAGCGUUAAUUAAUACACUUAGAGAACCAUUUCUUUCUUGUUUCAUAGAACUUCUAGUGUUACUUUUCUUCCCAAGGAUGUUUUUCUGCAGCAUUAAUUAGCCGCUUAAUAUUCAUUCCAUUCCAUUCCCUCGCUUUCUCUUUCUUUCUCAUUGCAUUCUGUUUUAUUCUGGCAUGUUUUAUUUGUGAAGCGUUUAUACAACAAGUUCAUUUUUGAAUGCUGCUUUAUUUUGGUAUCCCUGUUUCUUCACUGCUUGAAGAAUGAGAGGAAAGUGUGAGGGGAGGCAUGCUUGUAAAACUAAGACUGGGUGGCUUUGCAACUUUGGCCUUGAGGUUCUGGCUUCUAUUUCACACACACACACACACACACACACACACACACACACACAGAGGCAGGGUGCAAGCUCAGGGCAUGAGAUGACUCUUACACAUUCAAAUUGCUCAGUAUAACAAUGCAGACAAUGCUACAACCCUCUGUUUAUGCCCUUCCUUGCACCACAGCUGCACAACGGCCUUGUAAGGUAGACCAGUUAUGUCUUAGCUACCCAGUAGCAGCUGCCACCACCACUCCCUCUUUCCGCAGCGACCCCCAACAGGGGGGGAAUUUGGGGUGCUGAAGAAAAUACUAGGGCCCCUGAGACAGUAUACUCUGCAUUUCACAACCACAUCUCUCACUCAGAGAGUAAUGCCCACCCACAGUUGUCUCCCCCAUAGAUCAGAGCAACCUGAUGGCCUUUUACAACCCUACACUCUUUUAGCAUGAAUCAACCAAGUGGGAGAUUACUGGAAUCGUGUAUUUGUUUUUUCAAACACACACAAACCCCAACAGCCAAAUAUAAGAAGAUUCCUUAAGAAUAAAAAAGGGAGGAGCAGAGGCCAAAUGGAGAAAGCAGGUUAAAAAUAACUGGGGCUCUCUAAGUCAGAUCUACCUAUGCGGACCUAGCUCCUGACAAGCAGGCUGCUUGGUCUGCUCACAAGGCAUUGGUGCAGAAUUUCCCGAUGGUCAGAGAUGGACCCCAAUGGUAGGGAGGGCCCAAACGGACCCUGAUGUGAGGGAGGAAAGACUGUAAAACACAGCCCAUUAUUAAGCUCUCCCUCCCCUCCACAUGUUGGUUUGAGUGGCAACUGGCUCCUUUCAGCCAAUAAGAGCACAUGUUGCAUUUUGCAAGUAAAGGGAAUUAACAUCUUUCAGGGAGUGGAAAGAUGAUGGAGACCUCCUUGGGUUGGCAUAGAAUAGAUGGUUGUUGCUGGAGUAAAUCAUCACUGGGGUUUCUGAAAUUUUCCUGCCAGACAGACCUUUUCUGAGGUUGUGUGUGGCUGGUGGGAGGGGGGGGGCAGGGCAAGAGAAGAGAAACCAUGAGUCUUGUUGUGCAAGUGGGUGGACAUCACUGGAUAUUGCCUAUGCUUGUUUACUCAGAAGUAAAAAUUCCAUUGGUGCUUCCUCCUACUGAAAACAUGUUUUCCCCUGAGAUGUAACCCAGUCGUUUGUGGAAGAUCAGUUUUAUGUGUGAUUAAAUUGUUUAAUUGAUUUGGAGUUUGUGUGGAUGGCUUUAUUGUUUCAGAGUUUAUUGAACUUGUAGCUUUUGUUUCUGUGUUUUACCAUGUACACUGCUUCAAUGGGUUUAUGCUGUAAGGCGGUCUAUAAAUCUGUAUAAUAAUAACAACUGAGAAGUAAAUCCCAUUGGGUUCAUGGAGUGAAUAUUACACUAUUAAUCUGCUCCAUGGGUGCUGCUGUAAAUCUAAGCAUGAAUAGCUCCCACACUUACUUUGAAGGAGUUGUACAAAGUGGAAAUGUACAAGAAGGAACUCCAUCCUUCUCCAAACGAAGGCAUAUGAUCUUUGCUGUGUUUCUUUAGGAAACCGCAGGGUGACGUGCCAACAAACUAUUCUGCCAGGUGGUUCAUAACAUGAACAGCGUAUUUAUUACUGUAAGUGCUAGGAAAUAUAAUUUGUCUUUUUAUUUGGUUUUGUUUGUUUAGCAGUAAAAGACCUAGGGUGGGAGUUUGAUUUGAAAAGCUUUUUUCCCUUCUCUUUGAAAUCUUAUUGGGUGAUGUAAGAUGACACUGGUAACUGUGAUUCCCUGCUGUGAAGCACGGAAAAGCCCCUAGUUUCAAGCACUUUGAAUGAGCUUCCCUGCUGCAUUCCUGACCCCAUUCUAGGUCUGCACAGCACAGAGAUUGCGCUGGCUUACUUAACAUUGUAUCAAGUGAAAAUAGAGAGGAACCACUGGAAAUGAACACAGGCAAAUGGGGGCAGGGAGGGUUUAAACAUUUAAAUUCUAAUACAGUCUCUUUCUAAUAUAUUCCAUAGCUCAAAAGAAACUUCUCAUGAUGAACAGCUUCCCUCAGAAGUGUGUUGCAGGCUUUGUUUGUUUGUUUGUAAUGCCUGCCUUAACUCAUGAGGCUGCAUUGUUGCUCUUGUGUAACUGAACUCUGAAUUAAAUAAUUAAAUCAACAUAGAAUUGUAGAGAUGGAUGGGACCAUCUGCUCCAACCCCCUGCAUUGCAGCAAUCUUUUGCCUAACGUGGGGCUCGGACCCACAACCCUGAGAUUAAGAGUCUCAUGCUCUCCCAACUGAGACAUAUAAAUGAUUUUACGUUGAAUAUAUAAAUGAUUUUAUGAUGAAUUUGAUUGUAUUCCUUGUAGGCCACCCUGAGAACUUAUUGGGGGCAGUCUAAUAAUACAAUAUAUAAUAAAUAAAUGUAAUAAAUACAUGAAUUUAAAUAAAUGAACUAUACAUAUCCAGCUGUUGUAAAAACAACAACAACCACCCAUACAUUUCCUGUUUCUUACAUUCAGGAUAAAUGUUCCGUAUCAAAAACAAUCAAAAUAUUUGUUCUAAAGAAUAUAUAUCCAGAUAGCAUGCUUUCACUUCAUUAUAUCAGCUGACUUCUAGCACUGUAUUAAAAUGGGUGCUUUAGUAUUUACUUGUGCAAAUCACUGUUUGAAAUUCAGAUUUUUCCUACUUCAAUGCACUAUUUAAAGCAUUCAGAUGUUGAGAGGCUACAGUUGUGCUGUCUGGGGCUGGUAGGAGUUACAGUUCAGCAACAUCUGGAGGACUGCAGCUCAGUCACCACUAUUCUUAAGCAUUAAGAGAAGAGAAGAGUUUUGGCUUUGAUAUCCCGCUUUAUCACUACCCUAAGGAGUCUCAAAGCAGCUAACAAUCUCCUUUUACCUUCCUCCCCCACAACAAACACUCUGUGAGGUGAGUGGGGCUGAGAGACUUCAGAGAAGUAUGACUAGCCCAAGGUCACCCAGCAGCUGCAUGUGGAGGAGCGGGGAAUCAAACCCGGUUCACCAGAUUAUGAGUCCACCGCUCUUAACCACUACACUACACUGGCUCUCAUUAAGCUUUCCAUUCUUUAGUUUGCACUAUUGUUCCUGACCAACAACAGUUUUCCCAUAGUGAGCUAUGUCUCUUUCCCAAAGGGCCUUUUGUUGCAGCAGAAAUGUAUUGGCAUGUCUCUAAUCCCAAGGAUCCCUGGGACACUUAGUAAUGCUUCUCUUGAUACAAUUCACUGUUAAAUAAUAAUACAGUACAAAGAUAAUGGUGUUUACAUCAGAAGUUGUUGUCCUCAAACAGCAAUCCCUGCCCAUGCUAACUGUUAGUAGAGACGUUUAAACAAUACGGAUGGAUUCCAGAGAAAAUAAAUCCUGACAACAUUUGACUGAGGGAAACAAUGAAAACAGUAAAUAAUCUGAGGGGAAAGAAACAGAGAAGUCCUGUCUUUUAGGGCAAGCAUUGUGGAAAACAGGCUUGGAUUCAACUGAACAUCCAGGGGAAAGCUCCCUCAGCUACUCAGUCAAUCGGAGCACAUGCUGCCUCACUAAGGAUCAUGCAGCCUCCCUGGUUGCUAAAGAACACUUCCACUCUGUUCUUCUCGAGUUGAUUCAUUGACAUAUGAAUUCACCCUUAAGUUACAAACUGAAUUAUCCCUGCUGUUGCACUUCCAGGAUGAACAACCAGUUCCAAAUUGAUCCAUACAUUAUUGUUGACUCUUUUUGAGCUAGAAGAAGAAGAGUUUGGAUUUGAUGUCCCGUUUUAUCACUACCCUAAGGAGUCACAAUCUCCUUUCCCUUCCUCCCCCACAACAAACACUCUGUGAGGUGAGUGAGGCUGAGAGACUUCAGAGAAGUGUGACUAGCCCAAGGUCACCCAGCAGCUGCAUGUGGAGGAGCAGGGAAUCGAACCCGGUUCACCAGAUUACAAGUCCACUGCUCUUAACCACUACACCACACUGACUCUCUGUGUGUUUCAUCUACCAGAUGCUACAGGUGCUACUGUCUGUGUUUCAUCUACCAGAGAUGACAACCUCAUCAUUGUGCAUAUAUUUGAUGUUCCAGAAGAAAGGUCGUAUGAGCCUUCGAUAUUGCCAGGGCUAAGCACAAAAGAUAAUGCACAUGAAAAUAAAAUAAUUCCAUGAUGGGAAGGGUGGGACAAGUGCUGAAAGGUUUAGAAUUCCCCAAAAGCUCAACAUAACAUCAAUGAUCGUGGAAAAUGUGCAGGAAACAUCUUUAUUAAAUUGAAAGCAUAUGGAAACACCCAUAUAUCAGGUGAAUAUAUCAAAGCUUGUUUCCCCCCCCCAUCUGUUUUUCUAAGGCCCAUACUUGAUAUAGCUAAUAUUUGUUUCACAAAUAGUGGGGGAGGUGGAAGCUUCUGUUUAACCCUUUGCCCCUCAGCCCUGAUGGGAAUUGCCUCCUUGCCCCUGCUAUUCACAACUGGAGAACACCAAUGAGAGCUAUCAUUCAAUUGCAAAUAGCAGAAGUGUGGGGUGGGGGAGUUUAUGACUCUUGCACCCACCCAACCACACAGUCAUCAAAUCUAGUUUGGUCCUUAGUUCAUAUCUGCACAAGCCAGCAAACUCCUUUUCACUGGAUGGCUCUUUCACCCUCCUUGGAGGCAGAUUUUGAGUGGUUAACCAUCUUAAAUGGAAGGGAACAUGGAAAAGCCCCUCCAUCAUUAGCAAAUAAAGGCAUAUCAUUUCUGCAAUUGUUCCUUUAGAAAACCUAAUGAUGGUUUAACAACAAACAGAUCUGCAACUGCACUACUGUUGCGCACAGCUGCCAUAGGACUUAAACAAUGGGUUUGUUACUGAAAGCACCAUAAAUCAUAUUUUGCCUUCCUCACUGCUUUGAGGCUAAUUAGAAAGCCAUUUAAAUGGAAAAUAAAGUAUGCUGGAAAGAGAAAUUGAAUUUCUGUGCUACAUAAUGAUUUGACAAUAGAACUGCAAAUGUUGAUCAGAGAAAGGAAUGUGCAUUCUUGGUUUUUUUAGGCUUCCUUUGUAAAAUGCUCCCAAACAGGAAUUAACCAUAUUUUCAUUCUGGAGCGGGAAGCAUCUGUUGCUGCUUGCUCAAAUUGUUUUCCCCAUUUGUUUGCAAGUGCACAACACUGUAUCAUCUUUACAUAAAAAUGAAGGACUGCCAUAUUUAAAUAAACCUCACCAGAAAUCACAUGCUUCAAGGGUGAAAAGAUUUAUUACUCAAAACUCUGGAGUUUGCUCAGAUGCACAAAAUAAUUGUUCUAAUUCACAACAGGGCUGAUGGAGUCCAUCCCACACCAAAUGGUUAGAGACAGGCAGGCCUAGUAUCUGUAAAGUAUAGAUAAUUGUCUCAGUAACACAUCUGUUUGCUUGGUGUGCUGUUCCUUCCACUAUACAGUUAAGCUAAAGUGCUUUUAUUUAAACCAAUUUAGUCCUACUCAAGCCAACAGGACAUAAUUUGCUUAAUCAUAAAUCUCAGCUGAACUGAAUUAUGGAUCAGAUUUGUAGUGUAUCAUAAGACAAUGCCUUUGGGGAAAAGCAAUCAGAAGUUGGAACAUAAUUAGCUCUUUGUGUCAGAAACAUUCCAUGUAUUAAUAGCCCUGGAUUCAGAAAAAGAGAUGGCUGUGCUUCAAAAUUCCUAACCUGGACUUUCUACACUUCACAUUAUUUUGACUAAAAUGGGUUUUCAAAACAUUUUAAAGACUAGGAAGUGAAUUCUUGAUUAACAGUAUUAUUGCAAAGAAAAAUUAUAUCUGAGGUUGUUAUGGGCUACUCUCAGCUACACCAGUAUUUGAAUUAGGAGUUUUGCCUUUGGCAAGCUGUUGCAGGAGCCUUGCCACUCUCCAAUUCUGGCUGCAGACUUUGAUCAGUAGGGAGGGUUCGGUCACAAUAACCCUGCUGUCUUGCAUACUUACAUAUCCCAGUCAGAUUACUAACCCUUGACAAAUCUUGUGAGAUGUAAAAACUUCCAGGGCAGCCCCUUUACCUGAGCAGUAGGUUAGAUAGCUGUGUUGCAUUUUCCUGUGGUCUCACUGUCCACUUUUCAACAUUAUUACUCCUCUUCUUCUUGCUUCUUCUUGUUACCUGAGGACAUCCGUUUGCUCUUGAGAUUGUUUCUUGCCUGUUCCAGUAGGAUGCUAGCAAUUGUUUAUAGCUUGCCUAGACAUCAUAUCUGUUCUUCAUCACUGGUACCAACUUUUUGGCUCCUGAACAUUGGUCUCUGUUUCUGACCCUGCAACCAAACUCAUCUGAAAUAAUGUGUUUCACUAAGUACGUGAUGUAAAUUACAUUUGCAUAAUCAUGCAACUAUAAUGGGCUUCUUUUCACCAGUUACUUUGGAUGGGCAAUUGCUUUUUCCACCAUGAAGUGAGUUUUAGAAGUCAUCUCUAGAUCCCUGAGCCUGCACAACAGUCUCCAGAAAAAGGAGUGCUGUUGAUAACUUUUUAUCCUCAGUUUUCUUUGUGGUUCUUUUGCGUCCAAGUGUUAGUGGAAUCUUAAGCAUGUUUCAUUAUCAAUUAUGACCUAAGAAAUUGUUAUUAAGUGUUUCUAUCAAACUGAUCAUGCUCUGGGAUAUUUAAUUUUCCAUUAAAACAAAGAUAGCACUCCACACUUUUUGUCACGGUGCCUGGAAGAAACUGCAUGCUUUCAGAUGCAAAUAUCUGAUUAAUAAAGCCAGUCCAACCAGUCUAACUUUGAGACCUGAGAAAGUUGUUUGGCAUGAAUUUUUAGUUACGAUACAUUUUCAGCACUGCUGUUUCCUGAAACCCACAGUCACACUUAGGCUACAAUCAUUUAUUCAUUUACUUGGAAUAUGCACCACUGAACCUGAUAUUUGGACAUUAGGAUCAUCACCAAAGUAGCCUAAAGCAUUAAGUGGGAUCAUUUGGGCUUUGGUUUGGCUGUCCAAGAACAAAAAGGGAAGGUACACAAGUGGAUUGUGGCUUGGUCUGAUGCCACUCAAACUGAUGUGGAUAUGCCCUCUGUAUUUAUAGUCAAAAACCUCUGCACUCAUUUCUUAGAACUUCUAUUGCUAUUCCUAGCACAAAGAUUGCAUAAUAUGAUAAUAUAGAGGGUUUUGUUUUUGACUCUUCAAUGAAGCAGACAAAAGUAAUUUAAUGGAACAGUUAUGUUUUACAUCCCUAUAACUCAGAAUAAAUUUAUCAUCUUUUUUUGGUAGUCAAGUCUAUAAUUAUCUCUUCCUUCGUCUAGAUGUCAUACUGAUGUCAUGUGAAACAUAUGCAAUGUUUUAUUGAAGGUGACAUAUACUCUGCUGUGCAUUUGGGCUCCUUACAUAUGUCCCUGUCACCCCAAAUUUGUAAUUGCCAAGACAUCCCCUCCCAGAUUUGUAAUGGUAGGGUUAAUCUAAUUCUUAUCUGAGAAAAUGCAUAGAUUACAAAAUAACGUUGUCCCCCCCCCCCCCUUUAAACUCUCAGUGUUAAAAUAACUGAGGUGUAAUCCUAUAAUUGAAUUAUGUCCUCUGGAUGAGAACAGGGUCACCACAAAAUCCUCUUGGUGUUCAGUACAAUACAAAACUUCAUUGACAUCUGGAAUUUGUGCAAGUGUCUUUGCAUCAGCGUUAUAAUGCACCUGGGUACUCCCUAUGCUGGGGUUUGGGACAUGUCAGGACCUGGGCAGGACAUAGUUAAACUCCUAAGCUUGCUCAGAAGUUAUUCUCAUCCCCAGCAUCAGAAAAAUAUUGGAUGGUACUCAACUGAAUUUUGCUCAAGAGUACACCCAUUGAAAUUAAUGGACAACAUCGAACAGUAGAAUAGGAAGAAGCUGUGCUACAUCUGCUGCUUAAGGAGGAAUGGUUGGAGAAUUUCUGCUCCCACUGGAUAAAUUGUCUACUUGCCCCAGCUUUUCUGCCCACAAAGAGGGUGGAAAUUUCAAGUGGCCAUAUGCACACACAGCUCUAAUGUAAGCAGCUAGUCAAGGGAAGAGUUAGAAGGACUUGGUGAGGUUUCCUUUUCUCCAUGUUGUACACAAGGAGGAUUCUUCUUACGUCAGUGUAUGACUUUGAAAUAAGUGGAGGAUUUGGUGCAAUAGCUCCCUUUUCCAUGAUGCAAUGCCGAAAUCGUGGGAAGUUCAAGUGUUCAUUUCCUCCAAAGUCUGGCUUCCAAUUUUGUCACUGCCCCAUUGGGAUCAGUGCUGGAAGUUGCAGGAUUCAUUUUUUAAUUCGUUGGAUGAAAUACACAGCAUCCUUCUCUUUCUUCAUCUCCUCUGAUCUACAGUUUGAAUUUACCGCUAUGCCUACAGAAUAUAUUCCAGAGCUGAGUUUAUGGAAAUUCUCUCCCGUUACCAACAAUGGUCAUGAUGUUGAAUAACACAGUUCCAUGUGAUUUAAUAUUUGUUACUCCUUGUUGUUAUGAAGUACCUUGGAAAACUCAGCCCUCGUGCAGAAAAAGCCCUCAGACCUGGUUUGCUGGAUCAUUCAUUAAAAGCAGUGGGCACAAAGCAAAAAAACCUUUCCUUUCAUUCUUGUGGUGUCAGCCACAGACAGCUACCUGGUGCAUGAAUUCUUUUGCACUGGAAGGGAGAAUGUGGAAGAAAGAAAUCAUCAAGAUGAAUGACAUGUGAUAAAAAGAUGAUCUCUCUCUCUCUGAAAUCCCCCAAUGUAAAUCAUAUUAAAAAAAAGACAAAAGACCUCUUUCUGCACAGAUCCACCAAAGCAUGCUAAAUUUCUCUACCUUAUAAAUUCAGCUGAAGUUGAAAGGUUGUUGUGCUUUCCUAUGGAGGCUCCUUGGUGUAUAUUCUGGGCAGUGACCUAAAUGGGGUUUGGGGGGGGGGGGAGAGGCUUAGCUCAGCACUAGCUUUGCAGGUUUAAAAAAAUUGAAGAAGUGAGAUAGGGAACAGAGGAGAACCACAAGAAAAUGUUCCAGCUCAGCUAAAAUGAUGAAGUAAAGCAGAAUUUGAGGUGAACAAAUUAGCAUAUUUGUUUAGCAAAUGUCUUUUUUUAUAUACUUUGAAUGGUUGGUCAUGGAAUGAUUACUAAAUGAAACCCUGGUUUAGCUAAGUGCAAUGGUGGAACAACCAUAGAAGAGCAGACUGGCCACAAACUUGUGCAUUUCUGCAAAGCCAUGGUUUGGCUUUGCAUGACACGUGAACCAGGCCAUUGUGUGUAAAGUAGCUCUGAGCAACUCAUACUACAAACAAAUCCCCUCAGGCAAUUUGCUACACACUUUAAAAAAGAAGAAGAAUGAGAACUUGUGAUUUAAGCAAAGGUUUACAUUAAAUAUACAUAUCUAAUCUCUGCAUGAAUACUGUACAUUACCUAGCUAUACUAGGGCAUUUUUGCUAUCCUCAAUUGAUGGUGUUGUAACUGAACUUAUCUUGCAUAUUUUUAAAGCCUUAACAUAAUUGUCACUGAUUUUAUUUUUGCAUUGCAAGACCCUUCCUUGUUUUUGCCGCAACAGACUAAAACAGCUCUCUGCAUUAUUCAAUACAGUAAAUCGUAGCCAUAAUAAAGACUAAUGAUAAAGUUUGUAGCUCUCUACAUCUUAGCAGUCUGUCUUAAUUCCACAGUAUCCCAUUAGCUGGCAACAACACACAUUACAUACAAAAGAGCAUGACAAGUCCCUCCCUGUUGGCCACUUUUUCUGUACAAAAGCAGACACAAAAGGAGGUGAUUUGGAACAGAAAAGUAUUUCACUCUCCUCUUCCGCUGCUUCAUUCUUUCUCUUCCAACCACUUUUCUGCUCUAAACCCUCGCCCCUUCUAAGCCACUCCUCUUCAAUGCAUUGUAACAAUGUGUUUGACUAGGUGUAUGAAACACGGGUGGCGCUGUGGUCUAAACCACAGAGCCUAGAGCUUGCCGAUCAGAAGGUUGGCGGUUCGAAUCCCCACGACAGGGUGAGGUCCCAUUGUUCGGUCCCAGCUCCUGCCAACCUAGCAGUUCGAAAGCACGUCAAAGUGCAAGUAGAUAAAUAGGUACUGCUCCGGUGGGAAGGUAAACGGCGUUUCUGUUGAUUGUUCGCCAGAAGCGGCUUAGUCAUGCUGGCCACAUGACCCGGAAGCUGUAUGCCGGCUCCCUCAGCCAGUAAAGCGAGAUGAGUGCCAGAACCCCAGAGUCAACCGCGACUGGACCUAACAGUCAGGGGUCCAUUUACCUUUAUGAAACAAAUACAGUAAUACCUCUGGUUACGAACCAUCCUCCUUACGCACCCUUCGGGUUAUGAGCUCCGCUAACCUGGAAAUAGAUCUCCUGGUUGCAAACUUUGCCCCGGGUGCGAGUGGAAGUUGUGCACCUCUGGCACAUGCACAGCGGGAGGCCCCAUUAGCGAAAGCGCGCCUCAGGUUAAGAAUGGUUUUGAGUUGAGAACGGACCUCCGGAAUGAUUUCAAUUCGUAACCAGAGGUAUCACUGUAGUUAAGGAGCCACUGGAUUUUUUUGCUGUAACAAUGCAACAUUGGAAAUUCUUUGAUUAUUUCUGAAGCCAUUGCAGUAAAUAUCCCUUCCAACAACUGAAAGUAAUGUCUGUUCAGUGUCCCUUUCACUUUACCCAUAUACAACAUUAGCGUCUCUUUCACUUUACCCAUGUACAAUAUUAUGCCGUUUCUAAUGAAAUGUUAGACAGAAAAUGGAAAAACAAAGAUAAAUGGACUUCUAUUGACCUUCAGCUAAUGAAAUCCUAGAAUAACGUCUGGUUCGCAUGAAUGUUUAUGCUAUGUUAUCCUCAACCAUAAAAAGCCAGAGCAGAAACAUGGUGUUGCAUUACAUUUAUAUUACAUGUAAUAUUCUUUGUGUUCUUUUAUGCAAAAUCUCAUUAGGUUUGCUGCAGCUUUGACAGUGCCCAUUUGCACUAGCAAGCAACUAAACUGCCUUUUCUCCGAUGUGUCUGUAUUGUCCACUGGGUCACACUAUUUGGGAGAACCUUAUGAAGUGGUUACUAUGUCUGGGUGCAGGUAGUGGGGGGCAAAGAGUCCUGGAUAAGAGAGAAUGCAAGUGUAACAUCCAGGAUCAUGUAGCCUGCACAGUGCAAAUCAGAGCCUUCCCACAGAAUUGUUCCCCAUACUGAGGUGCUGUGGAGGUGGCAGGGAAGGCGAACCUAAGAUGUAAAGGCCACCACAGGCAUCCAGACAAAAUAACAAAAUCUAUCAUGAGCCUUGUGGUCUGUUGGGAUUGGGCAUGGGUUGGCAGGCUCAGACUGAUGAGGAGGAAGCAGAAGGGGGUGGGGAGAUCGUGGGAAUUGAUGGUGAGGAUGUAGGCUUUCCUCCUUCUUUUGACUGGGGUCUGUGGAGGCAUUGACCACUUGCUGGAGAUGGUUGAACUGGAAGCAUAAGAGGCUGAACAGGAGCCAGAAAGGAAGGAUGCAGCCUUGUCACCAAGGACCAGGCACCACCUCUGUAGAUAGGAACAGACUCAUUCUUCCAGCUGGAAUGUAUGUUUACAAACUCCGUAUGCUCGCAAGGCAAGAGAGUCUCGCAAGCUCGCUCACCGCACCGUGUCUUUAAAAGCUUGGUAGGACUGGCAUGGAAACCUGCUGGGACAUGUUUGUUGCUUCCACUCAGGUCUGAAAUUUUGCUUGGCUUCUGAACUCUUGACUCUUGAUUCCUGCUGCUGAGCCUUUACUUGCAAAUAUAAGCCCUCCCUCUAUUAUAGUUCUCUGGCUAGACCCUUUUCCUUGUGAUGAGUUGUAUAAUACGACUCUUGAAAAUGCUGAUUCUUUUUUUUAUAUAAACCAAAGUAACUGUGUAUGAUGAGAGCAGCUCUACCUUGCAAGAGCUGGACAUUUCUUCUGUGGUUCUGCUCAUUAUCAACUCUCUCCCCCGCUUCCCCCCUCUCUCCAACAUCCAGUGAAAAAUCUGGAAUGCAUAGCAAUUUCAAAAGGGAAAGGGGGUGAAGGUGGGUAAAUGCUUUCAUGACCCUGAAAAAGCAAGCUGCUUCCUGGGAAAGAGUAUCCUGCAGUAGGUUGCUUAACUUAGCUUUACUGGGGAAGGAAUCUCAAAAGCUCUUAAAACACUGGAGAAAAUGAACUUCUCUGCACAGAUGAAAGGUAGAUUAUGGACAUGUUUGGUUGAGUGGUUUUUUUGUUGUUGUAACAUACCUACAUACCUUGUGUGUGCAACAUGUAGGCACAAAUCCACAGUCAUUGUGGGCUACAAGACAUUAAACUUCAGUGACUUCUACUGCAAGAGUUCCUUCAGCAACUCUUGAGUUUACUUUACAUGAAUUGUCAACAAUAGAGAACCAUUGUUCAGCUUUAAAGUAGCAUUAAAUGUUUUCUUUUAAAAAAAUUAAUAGGAGAUUAAUAAGAAUCCCCAGAACAUUUGAAGUAAUUUAAUAUGUAUUUUGGUGACUUUGGCGACAAAGACAAAAUUUUAGGGUCCUUUCGGAAUGUGUAUAUCAGACACUGUACAUGUUACUUUAACUACACAAGCUUGAAGAUUGUCUGGAGUUGUGAACCUAUCACCACCUGUAGAAUCUGGCUCAAAAUGAUAUAUUAGACUCUGGCUGCAAAUGUUUUUUUAAAAAACAAACAAACAUUGGAUCUGAACUCUAGAAGGGGAUCUAACUGCUGCCUCCUUAAGGGCAGUAAGGACCACACUGUCUCCCAAGAAGGCAGUGACCACCAUGGUCCAUACUGAAAGUACAGCACUGGUUAAUUUCAGUAAUCAGGAAGAGCAAAUACCUUCUCAGCACACUUAUAAGCUGCUUUUGCCUGGCUAGGCUAUGUUCUUGAACUGUGAUCAUGCUUCUUGCUGUAUGUCAGAACCUUUUGCUUUUGCAUGGAUGAAAUGUAGUCUGUUGUACAAAGGUAUGAGUCACAUCUGCUUCUCUAAACCCGGUUUUUGCCCCACUCUCUACUGUUAUCUGGCCUCUGGAAGUUCACCUGGGCAAGAAAGUGGCUAGGAAAGUUUUCCUGCUCUUUAAACUCUUCUUCCUGGGCGGAACGCCUGGACUCUGUUGCUCUCAAUUAGGCAAUCUGCCCAACAUGGAGCUGGACUAACAGCAACCACAGACUCCUUUCACUUCAGCAAAGCAAAGCAGGUAGAAAGGAAAAACAAUUGACAUUCCACAGAGUCCUGGCUGGGUGUGACUUCCUCCCCUCUUCUUUGAAUACAGCUCAGAGCGCUGCUCCAAGCAGAUUGUAGUUGAGAGCCUGUGUCUUGCUAGGCCACAGCAAUGUGGUGACACAUGGCAUAACCUUCUUUCAUCCAUUCAUGCCUGGCCAAGCUCUGCUUGAAGCAAAAAGCAGAAUGUCUGAUGUGCUCAUUCUCUCCACCCAUCCACCCAUGUAUCCAGUGCAUGUUCUGAUGGUUGACAGUGAUUCAACAAGCAUUUCUUCUUCUUCACUCACUGCAUCAUCAGUUUCCAAAAGUGCCCUGAAGUAUCAGGGAGCAGCUUUUCAAGAGCAGUCUGGGCUGCUUUAAAAGAUACUGGGGUGCUUUCAGUGAAAUCUUUCUGCAUGUUUUCUUUUUAAAAAGGUAAAGGGACCCCUGACCAUUAGGUCCAGUCGUGGCCGACUCUGGGGUUGUGGCGCUCAUCUCACUUUAUUGGCCAAGGGAGCCGGCGUACAGCUUCUGGGUCAUGUGGCCAGCAUGACUAAGCCACUUCUGGCAAACCAGAGCAGUGCACGGAAACGCCGUUUACCUUCCCGCUGGAGCGGUACCUAUUUAUCUACUUGCACUUUGACGUGCUUUCGAACUGCUAGGUUGGCAGGAGCUAGGACUGAACAACGGGAGCUCACCCCAUCGUGGGGAUUCGAACUGCAGACCUUCUGAUCGGCAAGUCCUAGGCUCUGUGGUUUAACCCACAGCGCCACCAGCAUCCCUGUUUUCUUUUUAAUCCUGCCCAAUAACAACAACAACAACAACAACAACAACAACAACACUUCUUGCAAUAUGACUGUAUCUGGAGGGUUUAGUCUGAGUUACAUCCAACACUGGUUGUACUCAAAGUAGACCCAAUGACAUUAAUGGAGAUGGCUAAUUUAGCUCUAUUAAUUUUAAAAUAAAACUUGGUGGGAUAGAACCUUCUGUGUUUCUCUGCUCAUAUCCAAAGCAGAUCAGGGAAGCAAAUGAGAGGAAGCAGGAGACAUUUUGGCAGGUAGGGCAGAGAUGAACAAAAACAAAGCCCACCAGCCUCUAUAAUCUGAGUGGCUGAUGAGGGAUUGUUUGGAAAUUUUGUAUGGCACAGUAUCAAACACUUGUAUAAUGAUGACACACACAUCGUAUAAUGAUCACACACACACACACAAACUGCUUUGUCACUUAGUGCUCCUACAAGCUGCAGAGCAUCCUUCAUCUACUGUAAUUUGAAGAUGCUAAGGCUGUUCAUUUUUUCCAUAGUAAACAGAAACUUGGGUUUCAUUAUAAUCCUGCUUUUAAAAUAAGACCUGCUGUUCUAGAUUCCCAGUUUUCCAAAGUAAUCAAGAUUAUUGCCAUGGCAACAGCUGGUGGCAAAAGUGGUGUGAGCAGACACACUUCCUUAUACUCUCCUGGGAGCUAAGCUAAUAUGAAUGUGCGCUUUUCAAGUAUAAAUGUUUGUACAUGCAAAAAUGUGGGUCAUGUUUCAUCCCCCUCCACCUUUGUCCACUGGCUUGAGCUAGAGAGUUGACCAAGCUAGGAGGUUGGGGGGGGGAGGGAGGGAGAGGAAAGGUGACGUGGAGAAUUAUGGUUGACUAAAUUAGGACAAUGGGUGUGUAAAUCAGGGCAAAGCCCAGGAGACAGCAGACAGGUCAACUGUUCCACUGGGACAAACAAGGCAGUCUUGUUUUAAAGUAGGUGCAUUGUUGUAAAGAAAUACAUCCCUCGCCUCUUGCGGGGUGGGAAAAGCCCUUCAAAAUCAUAUGCAAGCUAUAUAUGUGAAAGUUGAAUCUAGCCAUUCUCUCUUUUUGACAAAAUAAAUAGUUGCUCAUAAAGGUGUCCGAUUGUCUUCUUACUUAUUUGAAAUCAAGGUCAUUUGUGCACAGCAAGAAACAUAUUUGCAAAUUACCUCUACCCUUAUUGCUAUGCCCAAGAAAAACUAAUGAAAAUGAUGUGGUUAUCUUAUAACGAUCUCCCUUCCCCCAUUUCUGUAUGAUACUUUGCCUAUUUCCCUGUGAGUCAGAUUCAGAAAGCUAUUAUUAUCUACAGUCUACAGAGGGGGAACAAUGAAAUGUUCCUUAGCUAAGAAUUCCACAUGUCCGGAAUUUUCUGGACAUAUCUGGAAUAACAGCAGUGGGAAGCAGCAAAUUUGCCACUAAGGUUCAACAACUUUGGGCAAAACAAAACAAAAUGCUCAACAGCUUUGUUGAAAAAAAGCUCAACAACCUUUCUGUCCAGAUUUUCACACAAUACCUCCUUGCCAAUAGAAAGCGUCCCCAAUGUGCUAGUUUUCUAUGUGCAGGGAGAGUGGUAUAUAUUCAAACCUGUGACAAAACCUGAAGUAGUUUAGUCCAAAAAAGAUUGCACCACAUGAUCCUACUAUGGCAUGUGCAGGUCACUUCAAUGCACAAAAUUAUCCCACUUUUGUUAAGUAUCCCUAAAUCCCUUUAGAGCUGAAAAGGAAACCUCACUCAAUUUUCAGCAAGGACCUGCCAAAGAACUAUGUGAAAACAUCAGACCAGGGGAGAAAUUGCUCAGUGAUUUCCUAACAAUGGAAGGCAUCCAUUUUGUCCUUUGAAGAAGUUGCAAUCAGGAUUCAAAUGAAAUCCAUCUUCCAAACAGGAAGUCGUAUAAUGAUGACUUUCUAGCAACCUAGCCCCUUACAUGUGCGGCAGUCACUUACUUAAGAACCUUUUUUUGCUUUGAUUCAAGCCAAGCUAUUAUGGGACAGAAACUUAGGUAUUUCCUAUUUUUUCUCUAAACAUACAAGCGGUCUGUAUGAAACAGAUUUUUCUCAAAACGAUUAGCUUAUGUUCAGGGACAUGGCCUUGUAUAAUAUUAGAAGAGGGUUAAUGAAAUCAGUUUGGUUUUGUUCGUGGGGUUUUUGGGGGUUUUUUUUAAAAAAAAGAAGUAAAAUAUAUUUUGUCCUAGGAAAGUAGCAAGCCUGGCUGAAAAUAGCAGCAAAUGUGCUGAGGAUGAAUUGAUAGGAUUGCACAGAUUGUAUAUUUAACUGGGGAAGCAUCAAGCAUGUUCCACACACUUACUAUAUUCGUGCUUAGCAGAACGGGCUUGCCUUUAGCAGAUUGGUUCUGGGGGCGUUGCGGGUUGCACAAGAGGUUUCGAGAGAAACAUUUUGUGCCUUUCUCUGAGGAAGCCCAGGCUGUGCAAAAUGAACUGAAACUGGGUCUGUCUGAUUUUAUUUUCUGUUCUCCUUGUUGCUUAGUGGUAUCAUCCAGCAAGCACUGGGCAGAUCAUUGUGCACCACAUUCCAUAACACAGACAGACACCAUCAUCAUCACAGCAGACCAAAUGCCUUUUGGUGUAAAAAUGGUCAUUGACUUCUAUCAGAAGUGUUUAUAUCAGCAAAUACGAUGCCAGUUCCAGGCAACCACUAAUUAUAAUAGUUAAAGAGAAGUGAGUUGUCCCUCUUUUCUUUUUUGGCCAGACUCUAGCUAGUGCGGGCUGGACCUGUCUUUUCAUAAAUCCUUGUCUGGUAGCAAACAUUUUGAGGUGCUUUGUUGCAGGCGUUACCAUUUCUCUCAGCUGGAUGUUGGAGAGCAGGCUGCAUGCUUCUGCAUCAAGGUUUAUCCAAAAGAAACAGUAGUAUUGCACAUAGUUGGGCUGUGUGCAGAAAGCUCAAUGAAGGGCAUGAUACACACUUAUACACACAAAUAACUGGGAGCAGGUGUGCACCUGUAACAGAUUAUCCUACGUGUCACAGCAGAAUGCAGUUUACUAUCAUGCAAGAUUACAGUUUGCCACAAGCAGAGAGCAAAAGCGAGGUACUAGAGUGCCCCAGAGCCAGAUGUAGACCUACAAGGAAAAGGGUAAAUUUACUCUAACUUAAAAAGCAAGUUGCACCACAAUACAUGACUAUUAGAAGCUUGGGAAGCCACUGGGGUCUUGCUAGGGUUGAGCCAAGCCCAAGUGCGGAAUUUUGUGGAUAAAUUAAUCAUAACAAAGGCCGUUUACUUUCCCGCCAGAGUGGUAGCUAUUUAUCUACUUGCACUUUGAUGUGCUUUCGAAUUGCUAAGUGGGCAGGAGCUGGGAGCUGGGACCGAGCAACGGGAGCUCACCCUUUCGCAGGGAUUCGAACCGCCGACCUUCUGAUCGGCAAGCCCUAGGCUCCGUGGUUUAGACCACAGCCUGCCAAUUAAACUGUUUUCAGUCUUGAUAAUGGGCUCCGUACCAGCUAGUUUCAUUCUGGAGGUAUAUCUCACAGCAAAUAGCAAACAUUAUCUUACAAUACAGAUUAACCCAACUUCCAGUUAACUUUUUAUUAAUAGUUUUCUACUAAGCAAUUAAGCCACAUCCAUAAAUAUAACCACAUGCAACAAUAUUGUUAGAGUUUCAUAUUUAGCUUACUGUAAUCUGGGGGGGGGUAGGGGCCAUGUAAACCCCUAGUCCCUUUAUCUCAUUAAAAAAAAUCAAUUCAUAUAAAUGGUUUUAACAUAUAAGCUUUAUUUGAAUUCCAAACACAUUUAACUGUGUUUUAUUUGCUUUUUGCCUUUACACAUCCCUACCCAAUUCAAUUUUGAAUCUACUUACUUUUCAUCAGUGUUGCUGAACCUGAUUUUAACACACACACAUAUUUGCGGCUAGCCAGUGCCACUUAAAUAUUUGUGUUUGAAGUGAAGUAUGUGAGAAAUAUAUGAAUGAAGGUCAAAUGGGUGAGCAAAUAAUCAUUAUAACCCCAAAAGUGAAAACCUUAUUGUGGCGCAAGAUGGAAAGCAAAAAAUGAAGAGGGUGCAAUUAACUCAUCCUAUAAUUAAAAGUUACCCAGAUAAUCUCUUCUUCAUUAUCUCUUUCAGUGAUGAUACAAUAUUGCACUCAGGAUGCGUGUAUGGUGUAACCACCAGCAAAUUCACUAUUUCUUAAUGCUGGAAAAGGGAGGAUGGGCUAUAAAUAAAAAUAGGGCAACUCAGCCCUGAAUGACUGGUAAUGUGCCCCCAUUCAUUACUUCAUGUCUUUGUUUUGCAAAUUUGCAUAGAGCUGCUGCUGGGAGCAAAUAAUUUCCUGCUGUGAAAUUCAUACCAGUGCCCCAAACAGGGUUGUUUGAUUCACAGGACUUCCAAAAAUAAAUCAAGAGAUGAAAAGGGAUCCUUUCUCCUCUGAAUCUGCCCCCUCCCCAAGUGGAGAGAGAGAGAUACCAGUUAUGAGUUAGUCCUAAGACUUGCUAUACUAGAGAACAAGCACUUGGGGCAGGUUCACAUCACUGCUUACUCCACAUCCAGUGUGCUCCCACUGCUGGUUUUUGAAAAUGCACAACUAGAAAACUUUGUACGUACUUAAGAAUGGCGUGUACAUUUGAGACAGCCACCAUUCAUAUAUGCACAGAUGACAGGAGUUUCAAGGGUGGGGGAAUCAAAAAGAUCAUGCACAUCCAGUGAAGACAUCCUUGUCCCCUUUUUGAUGACUUGAAAUGUAACAGGGUGGGGAGGGGAAAUAACACUGAUGCAUUUUAAGCUGGUAAUGUGAACAUACCCUUAGGGCAGUGUAUACUUUCUUGUGGGCUCAUGCAUUGUCACAAAGCAUUGUGUAUAUUUUACCACUCCAAUGACACAGUGCACAUGGGUGAGUGGUCAUCUGCAGAGAGGGGAUGAAGUGACAGUACUACCUCCCAACAUCAAGGUUAGAUAGUGCCAUUGAUAAGGUAAUAUGGACCGUAUCUGGUGAAAAUGAGGCUGGGUCUCACUUUGAGUGAUCAACCAGAGGAACUAAAUCAUACGUAACACAAAGUUGCCUUACAUAGACUACUACAACCAUACCAGCAGAAAAUGGGUUGAAUUGUAUGGCUCAAACCCAAACUAAGCUUGUCAUGGAUGCUUUAGCCCCAUGGAAAUCAAUUAGUCACAACUAUCUUGAUCCAUUGACUUCGGCCUCAGCCCAGUAUACCUGAAGGAGCGUCUCCACCCCCAUCGUUCUGCCUGGACACUGAGGUCCAGCACCGAGGGCCUUCUGGUGGUUCCCUCACUGUGAGAAGUGAGGUUACAGGGAACCAGGCAGAGGGCCUUCUCGGUAGUGGCACCCGCCCUGUGGAAUGCCCUCCCACCAGAUGUCAAAGAAAUAAACAACUAUCUGACUUUUAGAAGACAUCUGAAGGCAGCCCUGUUUAGGGAAACUUUUAAUAUUAGGUGAAUUAUUGUAUUUUAAUAUUUUGCUGGAAGCUGCCCAGAGUGGCUGGGGAAACCCAGCCAAAUGAGUGGGGUAUUAAUAAUAAAUUAUUAUUAUUAUUAUUAUUAUUCAAUGGACUAAACCAAUUCAAACCAAAAGUGGUUAGUGAUGAGUAAUUUGGAACUACAGAUUUCAGCGUGAAAACGCAGACUGGAUCCUACCCGCUGUGACUAUUUUAUGGAAACGGACUUAUGUGGCUACUGCUUUUGAACUUGGGAUGGGAAAUUAAAUUGAAUUUGGAGCAGGGAUAAUCAGAGGAGAGACUCAAAGUCUCUGGCUGUUUCCCCAUCCUCCAAGACAGGAAAUGCCUAAUUUGCUAAAGCGAAGAAAGUGCAGCGUAAGUGCAUUUCUCACCUAUUUCUGCAAUUUAACCAAGCAUGCGUUAAUGUAAAUUUUUCACAGACACUCUGGCUGUCUCUUCCUUUUAAACAGCUACAAAUGCAGGAAAUAACCCAAUAUAAUAUAGCAAUAAUCCCUGGGGAUACUAAAGACAGCUUGUGUACCUGCUCUGCAGGCAAUGGUAAAAUGCUUUUUUUAAUAAAACACACAGUGCUUAAAGCAGUAGCCUUUUCCUUGUUAGCAUAAAUGAUAAAAUCUACAACAGAACUCCAUUAAUAAGAAGUUAGAAGCUUGAACAAGGAGGGGUGAGCCACAAUUUUGUGAUGUAAUAAAUAUUUAGUCCAGCCUUUCUCAACCUGUGGGUCCCCAGAUGUUGUUGAACUACAACUCCCACCAUCCCUAGCUAGCAAGGCCAGAACUCAGGGAUGAGGGGAGUUGUAGUCCAACAACAUCUGGGGACCCACAGUUUGAGAACCACUGUACUGGGCAACAAUUUUUUACUUUUUGAAUGUUGUCUAGAUUUCUACAACUGAUUUAGGAUAUUUUUGCACUGCUGAAUCGGGAAAUGGCAUCCGUUUCUCUCCAUCAGGUCAGGUUUACUGUAAACUGAAUGGUGGGCAUUGAUAAAGGUACCGUAUUUUUCACUCUAUAAGACGCACCAGACCACAAGACGCACCUAGUUUUUGGAGGAGGAAAACAAGAAAAAAAAAUAUUCUGAAUCUCAGAAGCCAGAACAGCAAGAGGGAUCGCUGCACAGUGAAAGCAGCAAUCCCUCUUGCUGUUCUGGCUUCUGGGAUAGCUGCGCAGCCUGCAUUCGCUCCAUGAGACACACACAAAUUUCCCCUUACUUUUUAGGAGGGAAAAAGUGAGUCUUAUAGAGCAAAAAAUAUGGUAAGUACACGUAAAUUGCAUGUUGCUUCACCAUUUUUCAAACUUCAGGUCUUGAACUUCCAUUUCUUGGAACUCCUGGAAUGCUCAGUGGCAGGGAGGUCUCUCUUCAGAGUCCAACAGUAGUCAGCCAUCAUGACUGCAUCCCAGCGACCCUGAUACCUGGUCUCCAUCUCUUUCAUGCCCUGAUGGAAUCUUUCCCCCCCAGCUCGUCACUCAUUGAACCCAGGUUCUCAGGAAACCGGUCCAUAUGUGAAAAUAGGUAGUGCAUCUUGACGCUCAUGUUGCAGCCCAGGUUUCUGAAAGCAGUCAGCAUGUUGUUGACAAGUUCUGCGUCGUUUCUGGCCUUAUUGUUGCCAAGAAAGUUCUUCACUACCAGAACAAAUGCCUUCCACGCUUCCAGUUCCACUUCGUUCAUUGAGUUUCCGAACUCUGGAUCUCUGAUGAGCUGAUGGAUCUGAGGACCGUCAAAGAUGCCAGCUUUCAACUUCUCCAUGGUCAAUCCUGGAAAAGCCUGGCACAAGUAAGUGAAGCAGUCACCAUCCUUGUCCAGAGCCUUGGUGAACUGCUUGAUUAAGCCGAGCUUGAUGUGCAGCGGUGGGAAGAGUAUUCUGUCUCUGUCCACCAGAGGGUCGUUGAUGACGUUCCUUUCUCUGCAAGGCACCAAUUCCUCCCGCACAGGCCAGUCCUUCUUCGUGUAAUGCUGAGCACGGUCCCUACUAUCCCACAUGCACAGAAAACAUGGGUACUUGGUGAAGCCAGACUGUUGUCCCAACAAAAAGUUCACCAUCUUCAGGUCAACACAAAUAAACCACUUAUGCUGAUCAUAACCAGUUUUCUCCAGCGCAUACUUCACCGCUUCAUAGUUCUCCUUCAGUGUAGUCGAGUGAGCCAGGGGUAUAGAGGCAAACUGGUUGCCGUUGUGUAGCAGAACACAUUUCAGUGAUCGCUUGCUGCUGUCAAUGAACAGUCUCCAAUCUUUGGGUUCGUACUGUGGCACUCUAAGCUUGAGCAGAAGCUGCGCAAUAUCUGCACAGUACACCAAGUCCUCCUCUUCCGAGAAAAAACGGAGGUACUCUUGAUGCCUGUUGCAGAAGAAGCUGAUGCGAGCACUGUCAGAGAGGAGGUUUUUUUCCUUCAAUCUGGAUGCCAACAGUUCGGCAGAGUCCUUUGACAAGCUGAGGUUGCGAACUAGAUCAUUCAACUCCUUUUGGGAAAAUGGAUGUGGAGCAUCAUCUUCAAGAACCACUUCUUCUUCUUCAUGUCCUUCAACACUGGAGGCAUCUUCGUCACUAAUGUCAGGAAGUUCUCCGAAGAUAGGCACUGGAAUUUCAUCACAAUGAGCUACAGGACGAUGUGCUGAUUGAAGAUCAGGAUACUUGAGGCUGCUCUGGUUCUUUCUGUUGAUCCCAGUCACAUCAACAGCACAGAAGUAGCAGUCAGUGACAUGGUUUUAUGACUUCAAACUGAUCCCUUUUCGACAUAAUCACCCAGAACUAUCGGACCUGAAUACUUCUUGUCAUUAAAAUAAUCAUUUCCAAUCAAAACAAUUAUUCGACAUGGCAUUUUACCCCCACCAACUUCUUCUAAAAUGCUCCACACAAGCGUACAUGUGAACAAAAACAUAAAAAAAAACAUGUGGCCAUAGCUCAAAAACUUGACCUGAUUGAGCAAAACCAAUGUGAUUUUUGGAUUCAGCGCAUCAGAUUCAUCCUAAAUCAACUGAAAAAAUGCAGACAACAAAUUUGUUGUUGACCAGUGUAGUCCUUCAGAAAACAAACAAAAAUGAGUAUCAGCCCAUCUUGAAGAGGUUGUGGGGGGGAACCCACAAACAAGAAUUGACAACUAUUUCUUGUAGAGGCAGGGAGGAGAAAAUAAGUGAUCAGGGAGUGUCCAUUUUAGGGGUUCAGCGACUUUGCAGGACAACCAGGGCCUCCCCUCCUGCCAACAAAGAAGAGCUGGGUGUUGGGGGGAGCCUGGCUCAGGCUGUUUUAAAUUAUUUGGGGAGCAGACCUGAAGGAAGCCUGAUUGUUCCCUCAAGCCCGCCCCCCCGGAGAGCCCAGCUCUCCUUGCCAGCUUGCCAUUGGCCAAUUCGGCAGGCUGGCGUAGAGCAGGAUUUCAGGCUAGAAGCGCUCCGGGAAGGAUCAGACCCCGACGCCCAACCCUGCCUCAUUGGUGGGAAGUGAAGGCACUGGCCGCAUAGCACUACACCUCUAAAAGAGGGUUAAACAGACAUCCCAUCACUCUACCUCACGAGCUACAGGCCUGAGCAGCACCAGCCCAAACCAAAGCGCACAGCAAUUUCAAACUGAAGUUUCUGUGUGUGGUUUUUAGGGUCACCGCACCGGAGAGCAUUUUCACUGAUCUGUUCCAGCCGUCGUUUCUGCCCCUUUGGUUGACAUCUUCAUUUCACAUCCAGUCAAAAACAGGAAUCGGAAAUGCAUUUUAAAAGAGGAAGCCGGGUAUUAAGGCUUUCCUGAAAAAGAUUGAAACAUUCUGGCAUUUAGCUGAGUGCCAGGUCCUAUCACCACUUAACCGACGGGGCGAUGGGUGGGAAGAACAUGGGAAGCUUCCUGAUACUGAGCAGAACCAUUGGUCCAUCCUUCUCAGUAUUGUCUACGCAGACCAGCAGUGGCUCUCCAGGAUUUCAGACAAGGGACAUUCAAAGCCCUACCUGGAGAUGCCAGGGGUUGAAACAGAGACCUUCUGCAUGCAAGCAGGUGCUCAGCCACUGAGCUACUACAGUGGUACCUCAGGUUAAAUACUUAAUUCGUUCCGGAGGUCCGUUCUUAACCUGAAACUGUUUUUAACCUGAAGCACCACUUUAGCUAAUGGGGCCUCCUGCUGCUGCUGUGCUGCCGGAGCACGAUUCCUGUUCUCAUCCUGAAGGAAAGUUCUUAACCUGAGGUACUAUUUCUGGGUUAGUGGAGUCUGUAACCUGAAGUGUAUGUAACCCAAGGUACCACUGUACUGAGCCUUUUGCAGAGAAUCGCUGUUUUCUAAAUUACUGGCUUGAUACGUGCCUUUUCAGAAACAGAGAGAGGAAACACAGAGCCCUCACAUGAAAUAAAAUGAUUGUUUUUUGGGUGUUUUUUUAAAUAAAUAAAUAAUAGAAUUGUAGAGUUGGAAGAGACCCCAAGGGCCAUCUAGUCCAAGCUCCUGCAAUGCAGGAAUGUCAGCUAAAGCAUCUGUGACAAAUGGCCAUCCAACCUCUGCUUAAAAAUAUCCAAGGAAAGAGAGCCCACAAGUUCCUGAGGGAGACCGUUCCACUGGCAAACAGCUCUUACUGUCAGGUUGUCCCUGGUGUUUAGUUGGAAUCUCCUUUCUUGUAACUUGAAGCCAUUGGUUCGAGUCCUACCCUCCAGAGCAGGAGAAAACAAGCUCUCUCCAUCCUCCAUGCGACAGCCCUUUAGAUAUCUGAAGGUAGCUAUCAUAUCUUCUCUCACUCAGUCUUCUCUUUUCCUGGCUAAACAUACCCAGCUCCUUCAACCGUUCCUCAUCAGGUUUGGUUUCCAGACCUGUGAUCCAACCACAUGGUUGAUUAAUGAUUGAUUAAAUUGUUCAACUGUACCAAAGGGAUGAGGAAAAGUCUUCCCCAUGUUUUGUGUUUUUUAUAUUAAAGGGCUGAUUUGGUGAGUGAAUAGUCAACGUUCACAAUGAACGUGUUUUUAAUGGAAUUUCAUAAAAUGGAGGGCUGGGGUUGUGUCUCUCACCAGUAGUGACCUCAUAGGCAUUAUCUGAGCAGUGUGCUGGUGGUGACAGUGCAACCACAUUCCACAUGGCAACCAUAUUUUCAGCUGGUUCAUCUCCAUAGGGGCUGGAAUGAUUAAAUACAAUCUCCAAGUGACAAAACUGUCAAGAGCUCUGGGAAAAUGCAAGACAUCCCUUCCGUCCCCAGAAGUUCCAGCCCUAGGAAAGAUGUCUGCAACUAAUGAGUCACAGCCAUGCCUUUAUUGUGCUAUAAACUGUUCAUCAAGAACAGCCUUAAGUGGUUUAAGCCUGGAGGAAGUAACUCUUGGUUCUACUAGUCUGGCUUUAUUGGUUGGCUUACAGAAGACCUCUGGUUAAAUCAUUCAUGGCACGCCCAGUGGAUUCCCGGAGGACAGAUCUCUCAUCUGAUCCAUUGUUAUGUCUCAUGCCUCUUAAUUUGUUCCUGUAGUAUAAUUUGAAGAAGUGUAUUGCAGUUGAACAAAGGGCAAUUGAAGCACGAAGCUGACGAGGGAUAAUAGUGUGGAUACCCCAUCUCUCACCUUCUCCAACAGCUCUUGCUAAUUUUUGUUUUAUUUAAAUCCUACAUUGCUGAACUGCUAUUAUUUUAUCUAUAUAUUAAUAGGGAUGGCAAAGCCUUCCAGAUGGUGUUGGACUUCAGCUCUCAAUACCUGUGGCCACCAUGCAUUGUAGAGGGUUGGACUAAAUAAUAAUAAUAAUAAUAAUAAUAAUAAUAAUAAUAAUAAUAAUAAUUUUAUUAUUUGUAUCCCACCCUCCCCAGCCAAGGGGUCCCUUACAACUUUGCAAUUCUGUGAUUCUACGGUGUCUGGUGGGCCACAGAUUUCCCAUUCCUCUUAUGGAUAAAAUAGUAGCAGUUAAAAGCCCAAACUAAGGACAAUUUUAAAUACAUUGUUUCCAGAGUACACAUUUUCUAAUCCUGUUUAGAAAUGGUUAAAAGCAAUGUCCUUCAUUUUCAAGCACACAGCAUCCAUCCUACUUCUAUGCUGAUUGCAAGUGGGUAUGAAAUAUCUGCUGUUUUUCCCCAGAGUGGAUUUGGCAUGAUGAUUAAGUAGUUGACAUUCAGCAUUAAGUUGAGAACUAAGCUAUUUAAAUAUUUAAGGGAUCUAAGCUUAAUUCUGAAUUUACAAGGGGUGGGGAGAAUAAGGUGUCACGAGGUACACAAGUGAACGAAACCUAAAUUUGCUUUAUCUAGCUCUUCUUCGAUGUGUUGUAUUUGUUUCCAAGUAUAAUAUUAUGUCCAAAGCUGCAAUCCCAUGCACUUUUGCUUCAGAGUAAGUCCCAAUGAAACUAGUAAAACUAAUUCUUGAGCAAAUGUGGCCAGGAUUGUGCUGCAUAAAUAGGUUUCCUUUAAAAAAAAUAAUUAUACUACUAUAUAAACAUGGCAACUCCCUGUACUACUUUCUUAUCAUAUUUCACAGUGCUCUGCGGUUGUCUAUUUUUUGUAGUCAUUUUCCAUGAAAAAUGAGAAAGCAUUUUCCAAAGAAUGCAGAUCUACAGAGUGUUUGUUUUUGUGGAUUAAAAUUCCCGCCUGACACAGUUUAUGCACUUGAAAUCUUUGACUGCUAUAUUUAUCCAGACAUGAAAGAGAUGGAUAACUUUAAACACAAAAGUGGCCUUUUCUUGGUAUCAUGGCUCCUGCCUUAAUUUAGAAACCGGGGGUAGGAUUGACUAAUAAUCGAUCACAGUCCAAGCACUAUAUUCACAAAAUCAUACCAUUCUUCUGCAGCUUGAUAACUUGGAAUGGUUACUAACCUCUGGUUCUGCAUUCAUAACCAACAGGUGCAAAUUAGAAUCGUCAUUCCAAUCAUAAAAUGAAAAGAUGGGGAAAUCUACUGUUACGGAGGUUAUACGCCACCCCCAAUCUUUGCUGAGUGGCGAGAUUCCAGGUGGUUCCAGGCACUCACCCAGGGUUGUGUUUCCUUUGGGAAAACUGAGGCACAGCAGAAGUUAGUGUCUUUAAGAAAUAUGGUUUAUUGUACACAUAUUUACAUCAGGAGUCUUAAAUGAAGGAGGUGCAGAACAUUCCAUGACUCUCAUUGCACCUCUCAUAGCUUUUGCAAGCUUGGGACCAGAGCAGCAACCAGUCUGUCGGGGAAGCCUACUUCCUGCUUCUUGUCCCUAGAACACCUUUAGAUUUCAGAAAGGACAAAUUUUCCUGUGACACCAGCCCCGCCCCCCGUACAUCACCUUGGCAGCCUCCCAACCUCCAAUCUCUGCCCACGCCUGGUUCUCGUGUUGCCACCCUCUGGACCGCUCAUGGAGGAGGCACACAAAGAAAGGGCCUCAGAUGAUGAUCGCAGAGCCUGGGUUGGUUCAUAUGGGCAGAGGCAGACCUUGCGGUAUUUAAAUCAGACUUUAAAGUGCUAUAGACAUAUUGGUCACACGUGGUUGCUGGUGUGAGCCCAGUGCAGUUGUGCACUCCACAGAUCCAGAAAGGAAUUAGCCAAUGUCUUGUAGAAAAGAGGGGAACGUUCACAUCAAGAGUUUUGUCAAAAUUCAGUGGCAUGCUUUGGUUUUUAAGUUUAUAAGACAAUGCAUAAAGUAGCUGGUAAUGGUUGGGUGAGUUCCAUUCAGGCACUCCCCACUCCUUACAGCAAAUGGAGAUCGAGUGUCAUUACUGUUUGUGCAGCCUUCGUAACCAGUGUUCCUGUUUCACCCUGGGAGAAAGAGAAGAGGGUUUUCUCAUGGGCUUUCCAUCCGUCAAGGCUUGUGCAGGGGAAUACUGCCAGAUAUUCCUCAUUAUGGGGGGAAAUGUGACUCAUGUUUUAUCUGGACAGCUCAGGUUACAUUUUAUCAAGUUGUAAAUGAUUGCUGGGUACAUAAAAGGCAGUAUUUAUUUGUGCAGUUGAACUAUGGAACUCACUUCCACAGGAGGCUAGAAUGACCACCAACUUGAAAGAUUGAACAAAUUCAUGGAGGAGAGGGCUACUAGCCAUCAUGGCUAUGCUCUCCCUUCGCAGCUGGAGGAAGCAAUGCUUCUGAAUACCAGUUGUUGGAAACCACUGGAGAGGAGAGCGGUCUUGUGCUCCAAAAUCCUGCUUGCAGGUUUCCAACAGGCAUCUGGUUGGCCAUGGUGAGAACAGGUUGCUGGACUACAUGGGCCAUUGGCCUGGUCCAACAGCCUCUUCUUCUGCUGUAUUACGGGGAGCUAGACAUUUAUUGCACCUGCCACGCAGCAAGGCAAUCUGGGAUGUGUUUAAAGUUCUCACCAGCAUGAGAGUUCCUGCUGCACAAUUGCGCGUACUGUAUUAUUACUGGGUUCACCCGUUGCUGUCAAAAUUAUCGCGAGCCAGAACAAAAAUCCACAGUUCCCUCGGUUCAAAUUAUUUUCUCAGCAUAAAUAAAAGUCUGUUACAGAACGAUGUGAGAGACGGAACUACAUGGGGUGAGAGAGGAAAAGGAGACAAUCAUUUCCCACACGUGUUCAUUUAGGAUAUAAAAAACGGCUUGAAUAAGAAUGGAAAGAUGAGGUCACUUUCUUUUCUUUCUUUUUUAGCACAUUUUUACAGCUGUUAAAACAAUUGCCUAGGAACAAAUCAGCAUCCUAAAACCCAAUCCUCAAAACCUCUUCACUUGUUAAGAGUAUACACUUGGCUCAUACCUGCUGAGCCCCCCUGGAAGCUUUUCCACUUGACAAUGUUUUAUUUUCUAUUGGUGUUGAUUUGACCUGCUGACAAGGUCAUUUUUGCACAUUACAUUUUUAAGAGCGAGUGUAAGACGUGCUUGGUGUAUAUAGGAAAGAGAUGGGUAAAAGUGCAACAAAGAUCCAGGGCCAGUUUUUCUGUAACUCUCUUCCAACUUACAUUUUAAAGAUGUAAUUCGGGAAGGGUGGGGCUGCUGCUGGUUGGCUAAAGGCACAAAGUAUUUGUAAUGUCAAAACAGCCAGAAGCAAGGCUGAUGUAUGGAACUGGCAUGGGCUGUGCGUUGUGUCUCAGGCCCAUGUAUCGUUUGCCUGACUAGUGUUAGAGACAUUAUCAUCCGUGCAAAGCUUCAAAGUGUAAAGUGUGGAUAAGCCCUGAGACUAUGGUUCUUAAAUUAAGAGAUUUCUUUUACUUUCAUUGCUCACAGUUACAUACCCGACUGGUGUUCUUCCUUCGAGAAUGCUCUGUAAAUUCCUUGGGUGGACCAGUCUAUGCUGAGGCCAGAGCACUCAGGAAUCCUGGUCUGGAUCAAGGAAUGAAUCUACCCUAGACGUUGCCAUCAGCUCAGCAAUCCUGCAGCAGUGCUGGCUGCAGAGCCCUCUUUAACCUAGUGACUUUGCAAACCACCAAUGACUCAUUUAGCACAGGCUGCAGAGAAGCACAGAAAACAGGAAGUUCCCAGAAGGUCUGUCUGUUUCCUGCAGAUCUACCAAUUAAUAGUGCACUGUACCAUAUUCAAGGGCUUCUCUCUUUUACUUUCAAUCAUAAUUACGCACAUAGAACCAGGCCUCAAAAAUAUCAAGCCCAUCCACUAUUUCAAGAGGAAAUCAAUUAACCGUCCAUAAAGCAGGCAUGAGGUUCAGAGUAAUACUGCCAAGUCUUACACCUCCGAUAGUAUAAUCCUCUUGCUAACAAAUUGCUAACAAAUUAUGCCACAUUCUUGCAAAUAAUCCUGCUGUGGUGUAACCUAGGCUGCUGCCUUUUUAUGGACCUUACUGUGGCGCACCUUUAACAGAAUUCAGGCAUGCUGAAAGCAAGCCAAAGCAGUAAAACACCACAUUCAUUAGCACCAACUAAAGUUCACAAUGUGGCAUAUAAGCAUUUGAGUUACACAGUUCUCCUCUUCAACUGUUGGAUGUGCAAACAGUAAUGUGAAAGAAGUUUCUGGCAGGUGAUAAUGGUUUUAAGCCCAAUCUGCAGCUCAUUUCAAUCUAAAAAUGGAUAUUGGGAAAAGGUCUUGGAAGAUUAAUUGGGGUAGAAUCGUGUCUUGUGCUAAGCCUACACAGAGACAUGCUGGGGCUGGGAGGAAAUGGAACUUUUGCAGGCAUGAAGAAAUACCCUCCAACAUUCCUCAGAUGAAAAUAGGGGCAUUCUAUUAUUCUAUAUCAGUAUCACUGCCAGGUUUUGGGGGGGAACUUUUUGUUUUGUUGUUGUUUUGUUGUGGGACAAACCUUGUUAUGUUGAGUUCGAAUUUUGCACAUUUUGUAUAUGGUGUCUGUUUGAUAAUGUGUGGUUUGCUAUGCCUAAUAAAGGAUCUUGAUUGAUAAAUAUUUUUCUUAAAGUUUUCAUGAUACAGACAACCCACCUGAAGCCCAGCCAGCUCCAGUACCAACCCUUGAACCCCAUAACAUUUUUGCCCCCCAUCAAACAGCAACCCCACAGGCCUUCCUGUACCCUACCAGCUACACCCUUCUCCUCCACCUCACCAACCCAGGCCCUGCUGCUGCCCAGGGUCUCCCCUCCAACCACUGCCUGCUCUUCAAGCCUGACCUCCUUAUUUUUAUUUGACAUGGCUGGGUGGCCAGAGAGUCACAGCCUCUCAUAGUGGGGACAGUGGCAGCAAUGUCCCCAUUGCCUCAUUCCCCAUUCUACCUCCUCCUCUUCCCGCUGCUGCUCCAUUGGCUGGCCGGCUUGGCUCCCUCCCUUGGACCUAGCACAAGACUCCUCCUUCUUCCCCCCACCACACCCAGUCUUCUCCGACUGUCAGGAAUGGUGGCAAAGGAAGGGUAGCCUCAGCUGGCAACUCUCUCUUCCCCCUGCUUCCCCCAACGUGAAGCCAUUUCCGGUUAGCAUACCUCAACAAAGGUGGGAAAUCAGGAUUCUGCAUGACAAAGUGGGAAGCUGUGAUGGCUUAAGGGUUUUCCUGAGGGCCCUGCAAAUUUUGCGGAAGUUGGAAGAGAAGGGUGGGAAGGAAAGAGGCUGCUGUUGCUCAGUUUUGGAGCACAACUUUAGCAUGCAAAAGGUCCCCGGUUCAGGCAAGGGGAAGAAAGACUUGUCUUGGAACUCAGCCACACUGCCAGUCAUGAGAGAAAACAAUACUGAACUAGGUAGACCAGGGGUCUGGCCUCAGCGUCAGACAGCUUCCUCUUUCCCAAAAGCUGCCUCUCCUAAGUAUCUGGGUGUUGAGCGGCCUGAGAGCAGCAAGAAAGCUGGCAAGCCUUCUUUGAGUUUGAAUGUUUGAAUUAUAGGGUUCGUUCUUAGGCAUGGGGGAGGUUUUUCCGCCUCUUAAUGAAUCAAUCCUGGAUGUUUCUUCAUUGUAACAUUUGGUUUCCAGCAAGCUGCGUGGGAGCCGGGUCUUGCUCCUCUUAGGGGUGUUCUUUUCUUUCCGUGCAUAAGCCUUGCAGAAAAGCAACAGAGGCAGCCUCCCAUACCUUUCCCGACAUCCUUUGGUCAAUUAUGCUGCAGAUUUAUCUGAGCUAUGCCACUUAAAUGCUCAAAGGCUGCCACGCCUUUGUGUCCCCCUCCCAACAACCUUUUCACCUCUAACUGUCUCCCCCAGGAUGCCAGUAAGUGGAGAUCCGGAAAUGAAAUUUCAUUUUGGAAUUUCAAGCACUGUCUUGGAAGGCUGCCAGAGCGUACUCAAGAAUAUGAAGUCUGAAAAGAGGAGGCAAAAGCUUCUUAUUUAAAUGCAGCUCAUGGCUCAGCCCGCGGAAAUUCUCUGCUUAUAACAAUCAAUUAAGAAUACUGCACAGAGUAUUCUGCAAAGCCCAAGGAAAAGGGAACUACAUUCUCUCCCGCCUCCCUCUGCUGCUGUUUUGUUCUAUACGCAUACCAGCCACAGCUUUAACUCCUCAUAUGACAUGUUCAGCACGGGAAGGAAACGGCUAACCAUGUGUUCUCUCUUUGCAAAGCAAGAGAACAUCUAACGCUGUCAAGCAAGAACACAGAGUACCUUUCGAGCUGCAAUUUCAAAAGAAGCCAUCUUGACAGAAUCGUUUUUUGAUUGCUGAACUCUUGUCAAGCAGAAGUUAAUAUUUCAUGAGCUAAUGAAUUCUGUGAGGGUGAAAAAGCCGGCCGGAGUUGUCCUUCAUUCCAAAACCUUUUCCAGCAGCAAAGCAGUUAAUGUGAUCUCACUGACCUUACAUAAUUUUGUUACAUCUCAUCCUCUGAACCCUUUUCUCUAAAGAGCUCAGGGCAAGGGAGAUGGUUUCCCCACACCCAGUUUGUUCGUAGAUAGAUAAUAGAUAGAUGAUAGAUAGACACAUAUAACAUCAUUUUCCAAUUAACAGUCGGUUAACAUUGGACUUACCCUCCAUCCCUCCAUGGCUUCCCCAAAAUUCCAACUAUUGCUGCCUAUUAUAUUCUCCACCACAAUUUUCUCAGAAACAAUUUUACUGCUAUUCAAAGCCUACUUGCAUUUUAACAUGUUUACAAAUAUAUAUUUUUAAACAAUACACAAACAUUAUCCACUCUUCCUUAAAGUCUGCCUCAUCCUGAUCUCUAAUGCUACUUGUUAAACUUACCAAUUCAGCAUAUUCCAUCAAUUUCACCCGCCAGUCGUCUUUAGUAGGUACCACCGCAUUUCACCAUUUUUGUGCGUAUAGUAUUCUCGCUGCGGUUGUUGCAUAUAUAUAUAUAUAUAUAUAUAUAUAUAUAUAUAUAUAUAUUCAUCUGCUUUUUUGGUUCAUCUACCCCAGUUAUCUCUAAGAGAAAGGCUUCUGGUCUUUAUGGAAGAGUCACCUUAAAUAUUUUCUUUGUCUCAUUGUAAAUCAUCUCCCAAAAUCCCUUGGCAACAAACCCACUUUGAGUCACAGCCACCCUGUGAAGUAAGCUAGACUGUAAAAUGCAAGCGUGCACACAAAUGCCCCUGAUUGAUGUCCUAUGGUUGACACUUCAUGGUGGGAGAAGUGGGUUGUGGGAAGAAGGAUAAUAUAGGGAUCAUAGGAUGAGCUCAGUGAAUUAGUUAACCCUUCAGGCUGGAAUUCUAUGCACACUUACUAUGUUUUGUCUUGAGUAAGUAGCGCAGGGGUGAGCUGCUACUGUGCCGCAUGUCUGCUGCAAGCUGUGCUAGGAGCUGCAAGGCUGGCUCCGCCAAUGUAGCCCAAUCACUCAAAAUGUGAGAGGUUUGUACUUUCCCUCACCUAUUUGGCUUCCCCAGUGCUCCGAUCUCCUCCUCAUCUUGAAGGCUUCAUGAAUCAUAAUUGUCAGAAAGGCACCGUGUGUAGCUUACUUGUACCAUCACAUUUUUUUCUCUCGUCUAGUAGGCGCGAAGCACAAUGAGCCACAUUAAUGAAAUUGCAGGCAAGUACAGUGGUUUCACAUUUGCGGCCUCAUCCAUUUCUGCAGCUAUAUCUAGCAGACAAAAGAGCAGAAACUUGCACUUCACGCUGAGGUAAAAGGAGAGAGUCUCCCUCCCAGUCUCUCUCUCACUUCCCCCAUCAAUUGAUUGCAUUGUCCUUGAGACAUCUGCUGACAACAAGGGCUGAUGGGUAAAAGGUGAAAGAUGAUCCAUGCCCAUUAGAUGUGAAUAAUUACAUCUGAGAUAUUAUACAUUUCAAUUAUACCUAUAAAACAACCAAAGUAAGCAGGAGUUUAUGCUUGUAUUUGAUUUAGGCAACGGAAAACAAAAUUGCAGUGUGACUGCUUAUUGCUGUGUAUGCCUGUGUGUGCAUUCACACCCACACACCAAAUACCUUGCACAGGAAGUUUGCUGCAGUGAAACGCAUAAACAUAUGGGGGUUUUAAAGGUUUGUCUGCAUUGUAAAGGUUUGUUUAAUGAGGAGCGAAAGGUAAUUCAAUUAUACAGUGGUAUCUUGGUUCUCGAACAGCUUAGUUGUUGAACAAAUCAGCUCCUGAAUGCCACAAACCUGGAAGUAAAUGUUCCAGUUUGCAAACAUUUUUAGGAAUCCGAACCUCUGACACGUCUGAGUGCAUGAAGCUCCUGCAGCCAAUCGGAAGCCGUGCUUUGGUUUUUAAAUGGUUUCGGGAGUCGAACGGACUUGAGAAUCAAGGUGCCACUGUACUCCCAAGGUGUGUGUGUUUGUGUGAUGUGCAGUCCAGUAAAUCAAGGGAGGGGUUUGCAUUACUGACUUAGAGCGCAGUGAAGUUCUUGGUUGUUUUUGUGGUGCAAUUUCUCAUCACUUCUCCCCCAGCUGUUCACAUCAACACAGCUUAAUUAGAGUCAGAUUCAUUGACAGCAGCAGGAAAACAGAGGUUUACAGAUUAUUUCAGAAAGUAGGCCAGGUCCUUUGGUGGGUAGCAGUCCUUAAGGUAUCCUGGCCCUAAGCCUUUCAGCAUCUGCGGCUGUCCUGUGGAUCACCCCACUAUCCUGUAAAAAUAGGUGGGCGGUGAAUGGUGACUGGAGAGAGGAGGACAUACAUGGCUUCCAUGGAAUGCCCUUCCCAGGGAAGUUUGCCCUUUGUUCCCUUUCCAGCACCAGGCAAGGACAUGUUUAUUUGCCUGGGCACUCUAUCACGAUGCGACAUAUAAGCUAGUUUAUAAUGCUAGCUUUAUCUGUUCAGCUGAAUUUAGGUGCUGGAUUUUUGUGCAGAAGAUUGUGAUAUUAUAUUGAUACUUCCUUAUUGUUGUUUUUUCUGUUUCCCUGAGAGAUUACCACUGAAGGAUAACCUUUUUAAAAUAAAAAAAUAAGGGAGAUGGCCAAAUGGAUGUCCCAGGGCAGGACAUUCCAGAGCCCAUGAAUGUCAGUACAUAGACAUUUUGGGUAUCUUUACCCAGCUUCUUCAUUCUUUACCUAUAGGGAGGAAUCCCCAGCCUUGACCCUGACAUGCUGUGUGCCUUCAUAGAACAAAUGAGACCACAGUAUGUAUGCAGUCCUAUACAAUAAGCCAUGGAAUAGUUUGUCACUGACUGUUUUAGCUUCAUUACAGAAUAUGGAUGCCUUGAGUCAUGGAAGUAAGCAAAAUGCAGUUGUCAGAUCUGCAGUGUGUCAAAUGGCAUGGUUUUUUUGUGGCAACGUGCAAAAAAUCAGCCAAUCUCAGGAACAUGUUCGGUCAAGACAGGAGUCGUGAAUUUUCUCGUUCCCAUCACUGAUGUGUUUCUCACGCACUCAAGGGACAAAGGAGCACGAUGAUCUUCUCUGGAGCCUUAAAAUAAAAAGGAACUGAACAGACUUUUGCUUUCUGAAGUGACAGAUGAAUGUAACUGUAGCUAAUCCAUAAGAAGUGGCAUAGUGAGGUAGGAAGAUCAUAGCACUUUCCAGCUGGCCCAAGACAUUUUGCCGCCUGAGGCAAAGGACAAGAAGGCUUCUUCUCCAUAUCCCAAUGUAUGGAAGCCAGCUGGACCAACAGCUGAUUCUUACUGUAAUGUGGUGAUGGGAUUGCAUCCUGUACUGCACUGAAGGCAGCAAGGACAGACUCUGUUGUAUACAAGCUUCUGUCCUCCAACAGAGGGGAAUUACUUUCAGACCUAGGAGGAAUAGCCAGGGGCUGCCAUUUCUGCCCCCCAGCAACUGCUGCCUGAGGCAGAUGCCUCACUUUGUCUAAUGUUAGGGCUGGUUCUGAUACUUUCUAGUUGCAGGUACUGGAAACCUCCAUAUAGCUUUUUGUUCCCUGGUUCAAGACUCCAAAACGUUGUACAGUUCACUUAGCUGUCUGAAAUGCAGUUCAUGUGGCAUGUGUGUGUGUGCUCACACCAAUGGCAGGGAGAAAAUCACUACAACUAUGAACUUUACACCAAUAGCUUCUGUGUGGCUCCAAAUUCAAGUGGCCACACUUACUUGAUUAGUGGCUACACACACACACACACACACACACACACACACACACACACACGAAGCCAAAGCUGCCCUGAACCUUUAGCCUUUAUGUCUGCAAAGAACAUGACAAGGCUGGAUAGCUCAGCUGGUUAGAGAGUGGUGCUGAUAAUGCCAAGGUUGCAGGUUCAACCCCUGUAUGAACAGCUGUGUAUUCUUGCAUUGCAGGGCGUUGCACCUCAGGGUCCCUUCCAACUCUACAAUGAUUCUUUGAUUCUAAGGCACUGCAAAGCAAGAUAAGGGCAGUGCUUAAUUUCCACAGCAAGAAAAAAGGUCACGCCAUACUUCCUGGCUAUCACACCUUAUGACCUAGACAUUCUUCCCUCCAAUCCUAAAUGUAUCUAUGAGUGAUAGAAAACUACUUUGAACAUGCACAGAGGCAUUCUCCUCUACACACCGUAUCCCUUGCACAAAUUAAGCGUUGGGUUGGCUAGGUCUCCCAGUGCAACUCUUCCCCUUCCCCCGCCGCAUCUGUGCAAAACUAGUUUUGAAAAUACACUCCAGUGCAUGCAGUUGUGAUUACUUAAGGUGCCUAAGCAGAGCUCACAAGCAUCCAAAUAUAUAUUUGUAUUAUAAAUAUUGCCUAAUAAACUGUCUGCAAACAUCAGAGAUUGUUUCUUGCUGUUGCUGUAGCUCAGAAAGAAGGAUUCGUAAUGCAUACUUCUGAUCCCUAUCCUGUGUUUUAUUGCAGCUCCUUCGCUGCUGUUCCCAAGUAGACUUUAUUACUCAGUUGACAUCAUGUUUGCAGUGUGGGUGUGUCCCUGGUACUUAAUCCACUUGGAUUCACUUCGUAAACAUUCCCGUAACUGAUACUUUUAGUUUACUUGCUCUUAUUCCUCAGUAAUGCAGAAGUGAACUGGCCUCUUCCACAUGGGGAUUCCACAUGGAAUUUACAAAUGGUUAAAAUACUCCAGUAGAAAGGGAGAUGGGCUUUCAAUUGGGAAUACAGAAUUUCGAAUAUAGCACAUUAUUAUCCAUGUUUUUACACAUGCACACGAACUUACUCUUCAGAGAUUAAUUGCCUUUUUGUUUUUUCGCCUUGGCAAUUGAAUAACACACCAAACCACAAUGCUUUUAUUACUUUGUAAACCAAGGAAUAUUCAGUUUUUUUUUUCAGAAAAUUGAACUUUUUAAAUGGCACGUCUCUCCACUGGCAUAUUUCCCCCCACUCAGAAACCUCCUUAAACUAUUUAUGCCAGGUAUAACAAAGGCAAGAUCAGGCACAAGGAUAAUAGAAAAACCAAGCAUAAAAGUACAAUAGGAUGUUCUGUUUCUAUAGAAGUCAAGUUUACAUAAACCUGAGGAAUUAUUAGCAGUGCUCUUUGCCCUCCUACUACAAGUGUCUAUCUUCAUCCUAAAGUCUAAUAAAUGCAGCUGCCAGGUCCAGGGUGCAGUGAAACCUUCUAAUAUACAGGUGUGCAAAUCCCACAUUUUCAGUUCCUUCUUUUGAAUGGUAAUACUGGAUAGCCAUAGGCCUUUCCUAUUCUCCUUAACACUCUUCUCAAGGCAUAAAUAAGCCAAGCUGCAGUGAGCUCUCUCACCACAUCCAAGGCAAGGGUUCCUUUCCUCUGUGGUAUUCUAGAACAGCCUCAUUUAUUUCUACUACCACACAGUUAGGCCACAAGCACAAGACCCUGCCCUUAGGCAACACAGCAACAUCUGAUAGUGUGCUUCUGGCUGUGCGGGAUUGCGUUCAUUUCCUGCAACAGGGUUCUUUCACAAGCCUCCUAACUAAGCAACCGAAGUCCAGCCUCACCAUUUCACAAAAGGAGUGAGACGCCUAGGGAGGUUUGAGGCCAUCACCACCGUAUUUCCCAAGGCAGCAUAGAAUCAUAUAAUUGCAGAGUUGGAAGGGACUCUGGGGAUCAUCUAGUCCAACCCCCUCCCAUGCAGGAACAUACAGCUGUCCAGCACGGGGAUCAAACUUGCAACCUACAACCUUGGCAUUAUCAGCACCACACUCUUAACCAAUUGAUCUAUCUAGGCAUUCACACUCUACAUUUAAAGCACAUCUGCCGCCCCAGCCUCCAACCAAAGGUUCUUGAGAACUGUAGCUUUAGGGUGCUGGUAAUUGUAGUUCUGGGUAGGGUAAACUUCAAUUCCCAUAAUCUUUUAUUUUUGUGAGGGGAAGGGAACAAUCUUUAAAUGCGAGAUGUGUACACAGUCCAAAAGGCCACAUGCAUAGACUCUAUGCAUAUAUAUUCUAGCUGUGCAGGGUUACAUUUCUUAGGUGAGGCUCGGUUGGGUAGUGAGGGUGGUAACCUGGCUGGAACAGUGGCUGACAGAGAAAUGAUAACCCAGCCAUUCAGGGGAAGGGAAGUGUCUGAUUGGAGAGCAGCAUGUUUGGAGCCCCCUCUCCUGAUAUAAUUUGGGGUGCCUUCAGGGCCCCAAAUGUGGCAUUUUUGUUUUUGGUCACACACCCCUCCGUUUCUUCAGCCUUCGAAAACCAUUGAUUGAUUGAUUGAUUGAUUGAUUGAUUGAUUGUGUUUGCAGCUUAUUUAUACAGCAUGCAUUUGCAAAAUAGGAUCUUUAAGUCUGUAUGUACGGUAUAUUCAUGCCAUAUAACCCAGGGGUUCCCAAACAGUGGCCCAUGGAUCUCCGUGAGCUACAGUUCAGGCGGCCCACAGUGUGACUGUAAAAAUACAAUUAAAAAUCAUACAGCACAUAAUGAUUUUUCCUGCCUGCUGUUGAAAUUGUAGAGUGGUCUGCCAAGACCCUCAACAAACAUCAAGGGGUCCUUGGGGAGGAAGUUUUGGGAACCACUAAUAUACGUAAGGAGUUUGUUUCAGCUGCUGAAUGGAUUGUUGAGUAAAUGGUCUGCAGCAGACAAUCCAAGCCCCUAAAUCCAAUCACAGAGUGCUUGUAAAAAAACCAGCCAUGGGAUGUAUUUGCAAUUUCUGUUUUACAUUUAUCUCAUUAAUAGCUUAGGCUAGUUUUGCUCUGCCUCUCAUCCUAACCUACCUUACAGGGCUGCUGUGAGACUAUAGGGGACAUGUGCAAACCAUUUAUGCCUUGAGCUUCUUGGAGGACGCUGCCCGGACGCUGAGGUCCAGGGCAGAGGGUCUUCUGGCGGUUCCCUCACUGCGAGAAGCAAAGCUACAGGGAACCAGGCAGAGGGCCUUCUUGGUAGUGGCGCCUACCCUGUGGAACACCCUCCCAUCAGAUGUCAAAGAGAUAAACAACUACCUGACAUUUAGAAGACAUCUGAAAGCAGCCCUGUUCAGGGAAGUUUUUUUUUAAUGUAUUUUUAACCUUUGUUGGAAGCCGCCCAGAGUGGCUGGGGAAACCCAGCCAGAUGAGCGGGGUACAAAUAAUAAAUUAUUAUUAUUAUUAUAUAGAGAGAGAGAGGGAGAGAGAGGGGAGGAGAGAAUAUAAUAAAUGAUUCGUUGUUGCUGUGAUAACCGUGGUAUUUCCCAUUCUUUCUUUUUCCUUGGAGGAAGGGUGAGACAUAAAUGCAGUAAUAAUAAUGGUACAACAAUGCUUUCCUUUUUGUUUAAUUGAUUAUAGUAUUCCCCUUCUGCCUUUUCCCAUGGGAGGGACAGGGAGUGAGGGAGCCAAAUGUAUUCCUGUUUCGGUCUUCAGGGCUCCUUGGUCCAGGUUACGCCAAGAGGCUUCCACCCAAUCAUUUUCCGGCUUCCAUUAAUUUUAAACUGAAGAUCAUCUCAGGGAGGCACAGAGAUAAUAGGGUCAGGUCAGGUUUCCAAUGUAAGCCUGCAAUUAGGCAGCAUCAGUAAGAAGCCCAGAAGGAAUGGGCCUGCCAGAUAUUAUUACUGCAUUCCGACCUUCUUUCCCACCCUAUUAAGAAGCAUCAGAGCCAUACUGCCUUGGGAGGCCCAUCUGCCCAUCCGCUGCCAGAACCUCUGGAAUGGGUGCCAAGUACCUUUCAAGAGGCAAGCAUGAGAUCUGGCUUUAUUUCCCAGCAUGCCCAUUGCAAGGCAUAUACGUAAAUAACUGCCACUUGAAAGACACUCAUCAAGCAGCCACUCUUGACCUUUUUGGGGGUCGAGGAAGGUAUAGUUAAGUGGGGCAGAAAGGAGAAAUUGGGAGCGUUAGUCAAGUAAUUAUUGAGCCACUCAAGUAGCAGCUCUUUACAUACAGGCACCAGUAGGCCUGAGCUAGUAUAAGGUCUAAAGAUGUCCUACGAAGAAACCUUGUUCUUUAUUCUGGCUCAGGAUUUUACCACCCCCUGGAAGGUUAUGAAAGAACGUUGAGAGGUCACAACAGGAAGUGCAAUCAGCAGUGAGUAAAUAGAGUUUUUCCUUCCUUUUCUAUGGUUUUUCAAAACUUCCUUCUCCAGUUCCAAAUCCUCUUAGAGCUGUUGCUCUCAAAUGUGUGUUGGGUGAGGGCUGAGGAAGGUUUCACAUGUCUGGCCUUCUUUUGCAGGGUCUACCUGCUGCCUGUUCCUCCUUUCUUGCACCCUGAUUUUUCAUUUCUGCAAAGUCAGCCGCAUCAUAUUUUCCCAUGUGGGCCUAGCUUUGUUUAAGACAUACCUUUUGUGUGCUUUCUUCCUGUUAAUUUUUUUUUUUUUUAAAUAAGCCUUUUAAAACAUUUUUAAACCCUUGGGAACUCCUGGGACCUGGCUGCUGAUAGGAGAAUUCUGCUGCUGCACGAACUAAAUGAAAACACAAACGCGUCCUCUUGCAACAUAUUUGACUGCAUGGCGCAAUAUGUUCUCAGUGGCGAUGUGCUAUAAAAUCUAAUCUACCUACCUCAUUUUUCAUGAAAAACAAGCUGUCAGGAGAGAAAUGUCAUAACUGAAUCUGUCUCUGGAGAUGGCAAUCAAAGCACUGGCCAAAGGUCAACAAACCAAAUUAUGCACAUCCCAUCCUUAGCUCUGUGUGAAUUCAUGCUGAAACUCUUCUGUUCCUCAUAUAUAACAGACAUAAGUGGAAUCAUUUCCUCUGUUGAAGUAUUUUUCUAGCAGCUUAGAUUUGAUGUAUAAGCUUGUUAAAGAGAAUAAUCCUGCAGUCGUUUUAUUAUAUAUUUGUGCACCAACAAGUACAAAAUAGCCCCUCUGCAGUGCCACAAAUCCAACUCAGUGGUGCAACGUUGGAAAAUGUUGAUCCUUUCUCCUACCUAGGCAGUUAUCUUCCCACAAGGGCCAACAUUGAUGCCGAAAUCCAGCAUCGCUUGAGCUCUGCCAGUGCGACUUUCCCCCGAUUGAAGCACUGAGUGUUUGAGGACCGAAACAUUCGCAGGGAAACCAAAAUGCUUGUUUACAAAGCUAUUGUACUGCCAACCUUACUAUAUGCUUGUGAAGCAUGGACGACUUACAAACGCCGUCUCCAACUCCUCGAAAGAUUCCAUCAACACUGUCUCUGAAAAAUUUUACACAUCACUUGGGAAGACAGGCGAACUAAUAGUGUACUGGAAGAAGCAAAGAUCACCAGUGUUGAAGCAAUGAUUCUUCAACAUCAACUUCGUUGGACUGGUCAUGUUGUGCGGAUGCCUGAUGAUCGUCCUGCUCCUGCUUCCAGUUUUUGCAAAACAUUGGUUUGCAUUAAAACCAGAAUACCUGACCACAGUUCAAUAUAAUCCUGGUUUGGGAGCAAAGCAACUAUGGUUUGCAUCAGCUAUGUGUCUUGUGUGGACAAAACAACAGGCUAUGGCUUGCCACAAAAUUGAAGCAGAAGCUUUUAAUCUCCUUCUUUCACAUGUGAAGGAUGGGAAGGAUAGAAUACAAGAGUCCAAUGUGUGUUGCUUGCUCCUUGGUCUCAUGAUAGCCAACUAUGUUUUGCUGUUAUGUCUGAAUUGGACCAAUAAUUCUUGAUAAUACUCAUUGGACCCAGUGAGUAGUGUGGAAAUGCGCAAUGAUGUAGCCAAGUGGAUGUCAAUUAGGUCAUUUGCAUGAUGGGAAACUGCCACAAGUCCCAUGCAAGGCCCACUAGGCCACCAUCAGGGAGAAGCCUGGUGGCUCACUGACCAUUGUGGACUCAUGACACUUGUGUUGCUUGCUGGUAGGGCCAUCAGUUCAUGCUCCUUAAUGACCACUUGACAGGGCCAACCAUGCAAACUACCUUACCAGCCAGUCACCAGGGCUGUUAUGGGAUGCUGAAUAUAUGGCAGCACUAUAUGUAAGGAUACCCUUACUCUGGGCUCAAAUAUACUUUUAGAUCCUGCCCUUUACAUUUACUGUUUGAUUUGGAGUUUAGAGUUCAUAUCUCUCACCUUUUCUACACCAAAUCCUCCAAAUCAACAAGGUUGACGUUCCUAGAACCUUGUGACUUCUCCAGCUCUUGGCUCCUUAACACAAACUCUGUAGAAGAGAGUCCUGGUUUUUGGUUUUUUGUAUUUGGUUUUUUUUAACAAAUCUCUAAUCUCACAUAACAUUGAGCUGAGGAAAGAGGGAUAGAGUUCAGUAAUUUCUAUUUGCGUCCCAAAUAAAAGCGAGGGAGAGCAUGCCAUUUCCCAGAUGAUGAAAGUAUAAACAAUUCAAUUAAAAGCAUUCAAAUGAUGAGAAGCAACUGUACUGUGCCUAAUCCUAUGACUUUGGGCAGCACAUGUUUGAUUGGUAGAGCACUUAAGUUCUUAACAGUGUGUACUAGUCACUAGUGUAUCUCAAAUGUACACCUAAUAUUGGAGCAUAUCUUCCAAAUGUACUUUACUUAGCUGCAACGUUUCCUUGUUUCAUUUCCUUAUUUACUAGCAUUACAAGUUAGCAUGCACAAAGCUUUGAUAGGCUAAAAUGGAUAGGCAAGUCCUCUGCAUACCUACCCACAAAGUUCAUAGGCAUUUGCUUUCUGAUAAGUGUGCAUGUAGCCUUGGGAGUGUUUGGGGUCUUAGAUAUGAACAAGAGAUCAAAUUACAUGGAGAGAUGUACGUAAUAUCACAAGGGGGAAAAUAUGAGUGAUCCUGGGGGUUUACACAACUGGAAGUUAAAAUUGCCAAAAAAAACCUUUAGUGGGGCAUGCCAGCUUGUCGUUCCUGUGCAAAUGUUUAAGAUUCCUGCUUCUUGCAUCACCAUGAUAAGGUGUAAGAUAAUGUGAAACUAGUACAUGUGAUCCCAGGAGAGGAUAGAGGAAGCCAGUGUUGGCAUGUUAUCACGUAUCCUAACCACCUACCUCCAGACAGAAGUAAUUUAGGACUUGACAAGUCUUGUUAAGCAUCCAUCAAACUGUUAAUUUGACUAGAAAAGCAUAUUCUGGGAUAACUGAAGCCUGAAAAUUAGUUACUUUUGGAGCCAGCCUAAGAGAUCAUUUUUGACAUUGCCAGGUUGCACCUACUAGCUACUAGAUUCCACCAGGCUGUGCACCACCACAACCCACCAAGUUCUGCUCUGUUUCUAACACCCAUGAUUCAUCAAGGUGACAUGCCUGGCUAAAACCUUUGUACUGCUUUGGCUUUGUCCCUCUGCUUCACCUGGGGGAAUCAGCAACUUGUAAAAAUGAAGAGUUGGCAAAUCUAGACAUAGCUUUGGAGAUAUGUAGGAUCGUGAAAUGGUAGUUUCUGGUGUUUGAUACACUCCAUGAACUGUGCUGUGAGGGGAAGGGGCUUCUGGGGUACCAGGCUUGAGAAUAAUUUUGCAGUGGUGCUUCUUCCUAUGGCAGGUGUGCCUACCUCAGCUGGGAGUCAUAAGAAUGAUGGGGAGGAGGAGAAGUCAAGCCUUCUCCUGGAGAACAUGUUCAGACUCUGCAAAGGGUCUAAUGUGGAUUUGUAGCUGAGAUAUAGCUUAAGUGCCAGAGAGAAGGAAAAAAUAUGCAAAAGCAAACAAAACAACCACAAUACCAUUAAACACCACAUGAAUAUACUGCAUUGAUGUUAUUUCUAAAGCCAAUGACUAUGUACACCUUGUACAGAACAGCAAUGGAAAUAACCUGCGACCCAUGGUUUUUGUGACUCUUUAAAAAAGAAGUCAAAAACUGUGUUCCAAAUCAAUAAGCACUCCCCGAUAAAAAUAGACAUUGUGUUUCUACCUGGUCUCUUUGUGUUCUCCACACACAUUUCUUUUAUAUGCAGGAAUGGGCACCUUGUCAAGUCGGAAAAGCCCGCAGGGCCUUAAACCUCAAAAGAAUAAAUCUUGGAUCAUCCAACAGCUCUGGCAGGAAGCCGGCUGAUGAUUGCAACUGUAUGUACAGCACAUCCAUGUCCCCAAUCCCAACAGGUGUUGUUAAACCUGUCAGCAAUGUUUACAUGGCAUAUGCAUCAAAGCAACCAUUAGUAGGAGGGCUUGAUUGCACAUAGAUGGCUCUAUAUUGUCAUAAUUUGAAAACGUAUAUUCAUAAAGAAAGAGGACAGGGCAGUCAUUCCCUACACCGUCUUCUGCAUCUGACAAACAACCGCUGCUGUUGCUGCACACUCUUAUGCUCUGUACACCUUGCCAUUUGCUCUUGCUCCAGCACAUUCCCACCACUGGUUUGUGAAGCAGAGUACACACUGCAUUAGCCACAGCUUCAUUCAAUAGCAUACCCUCCAACAUUUCUCCAAUGAAAAAUAGGGACGUCCUAUUCCAUAAUAAUAAUAAACAUAAUAAUUUUAUUAUUAUUUAUAACCCAUCCAUCUGACUACUUUGGCCCAGCCAUUUUGGGAGGCUUCCAACAUAUAUUGAAGCAUAAUAAAACACUGAACAUUAAACAGAAUCUUCCCUAUGCAUGACUGCCUUCAGAUGUCUUCUAAAGAUUGUACAGUCUGUAACCUGAAGCGUAUGUAACCUGAAGCGUAUGUAACCCGAGGUACCACUGUAUUUUGAUUUAUUUUAAAGGUAAAUAAAAUAAAACGUUGCAAUUUUAGGCAUAAAGUCUAAUCAAGGAACAAUUCAUUGUUGUUUCUCUUAACAAUAUUAUGCUAUUUUGCCACUAUGAAAGGGUGGGUGGGUGUGGGUGGGUGUACUUGGGAGAUGGUUCCCUUUUUGUUGCACUAGAACGUUCAAAGGAACAAAAUUUUCAGUUAUUUUGUGAAGUGAAUUUUAUGUUCGUCAUUCCAGGAAAAGAAUGGCUCAAAGGAAAUAGCAGUAAAAGAGUUUCUCAGCUAGUCACUGAAGGCCAAAUUGACUCAAAGGAAUGUCAGCAAUACAAAAAGUACAUUAGGACUUAGAGCAGGGGUAGGCAACCUAAGGCCCGGGGGCCGAAUGCAGCCCAAUCGCCUUCUCAAUGCGGCCCGCGGACGGUCCGAGAAUCAGCGUGUUUUUACAUGAGUAGAAUGUGUGCUUUUAUUUAAAACUCAUCUCUGAGUUAUUUGUGGGGCAUAGGAAUUUGUUCAUUCCCCCUCCCCCAAUAUAGUCCAGCCCACCACAUGGUCUGAGGGACAGUGGACUGGCCCACAGCUGAAAAAGGUUGCUGACCCCUGACUUAGAGCACAUUGAAGGGUUCAGUUCCUGCAGCGUCAUACUUUGUCACUUCAUACUGAUUCAGGAGUUAUGUUCCUGCAUCCAAUCAUGGGCAUAUUGUGAACAGCUGAAUGGUGCAGAAUUGCUUUUUGGGGGAGGGAAUAAUAAUAAUAAUAAUAAUAAUAAUAAUAAUAGACAAUACUAGUGGACUUAGAGCCAGCUUUGUUGGAUGUGCAGGUUGGUAUAGCAAGUAUUACGUAAAUAGUUGACUAGGAAGGGUUAGGGUUAGGGUUUCUGAACCAUGAGGCUGGAAGAGCACCAAGGAGUUACUGUAGGCUUGUCACAUUAGAUAGUGCUGUAGCUUGUUCUGGGUGCAAAUGAGUGUGCUGUCUCCAUGUCAUAUCUAAUAUUAUGUACACAUUACCAGCUUAAAGUACAACGAGGUCUCCCUUUCCCUGCAUUUCAAGUCACAUUUUACAUUGCUGUACACACAGUAGAACAGGUGGGGAUGCCUUCAUCUGAUUUGUUUCCCCACAACAAACUCCGAGCAGACCCUCCCAAACGUCCCUAUUUUCCAGGGACAGAUCACGAUUUACAGAAACCAUCUCAGUUUGUGAUUUGAUACCGGAAUGUCCCACUUUUCCUUGGAGCAUCCCUGUUUUUAUUGGAGAAAUGUUGGAGGGUAUGGAGUUAUGAGCCCCCCCCCCCAAGCCAAGGAGAUAAGUAGCUAUACAAUGGUACCUCGGGUUACAUACGCUUCAUACGCUUCAGGUUACAGACACCGCUAGCCCAGAAAUAGUACCUCGGGUUAAGAACUUUGCUUCAGGAUGAGAACAGAAAUCAUGCUCCGGCGGCGCGGCGGCAGCAGGAGGCCCCAUUAGCUAAAGUGGUGCUUCAGGUUAAGAACAGUUUCAGGUUAAGAACGGACCUCCAGAACAAAUUAAGUACUUAACCUGAGGUACCACUGUAGGUGGUUAAACAACAGCCACACUGAUUGUAUCCUUCUGUCUGAAAUGAUGCCUUGGGGAGGGAGACUCUCUUUCCAGUCCUGCUUCUUAGAGUUUUCAUAGCACUAACCACUAUUCCUGUAUUACGCAGAUAGCACGAAUUACAUAGGUUGAGUCUACAGGUAGCAAUCUGCAAAAUUCAGCUAGGUGUGUCAAGAGGGCCUUGUGAAAACUCAUGCAACCUUUUGGUAAAAAUUGAAAUUCUGUUGUCGAUUCACUCGACUCACUUUACUCUUUUUACUCACUUUAUCUCUUUACUGUAUCUGUGCAAUGACAGACCCUUUCAUUAAUAAUGUUUACCUUCUGGCCAUGCAUCUUCCUUGUCAUGUGCGCAGCUGGUAUUGUCUUUGGUAGAGAACCAUAGCCUAGAGCCUACUUAUCCUUAGCUAUUGUUUUUAAUAGGACCAUUUUUCUAAAUUACAUCUUGACUCCUGGUUAUGUAUAAAGGCAGCACACAACACCAUGGGGAACCAAAACAGAUUUUCAUGUACCGUAUUUUUCGCUCUAUAAGACGCACCAGACCACAAGACACACCUAGUUUUUGGAGGAGGAAAACAAGAAAAAAAAUAUUCUGAAUCUCAGAAGCCAGAACAGCAAGAGGGAUCGCUGCACAGUGAAAGCAGCAAUCCCUCUUGCUGUUCUGGCUUCUGGGAUAGCUGCGCAGCCUGCAUUGGCUCCAUAAGACGCACAUACAUUUCCCCUUACUUUUUAGAAGGGGAAAAGUGAGUCUUAUAGAGCAAAAAAUACGGUAGUUUUUCUUUAUACAAUUAUAGUUCUUUCUAGAGGCAUAUUGAACUGAAAUUAAACCCUCUCAAGAUAGAAAAGGGGGUUCUAACUGCAUCCCUUAUUGCUGUAUUUCUGGAGAUAGGAGCCUAAACCAGGCUUUGGAUAACAUACACCACCGCCAGGCACACACACCAGAGAACUCCCUGCAAAAUUUAUUAGGUCUUUGUUAAUCUAUAUAACCACUUCAUCGAUUUGUAUUGUUCUUGGAAUAAAUUGUACUUUGACAUGAGAUAGGUAAAAAGUAAAGGAUCCCUGGGCAGUGAAGUCCAGUCAAAGGUGGCUAUGGGGUUGUGGCACUCGUCUUGCUUUUCAGGUGGAGGAAGCCAGUGUUUAUCCACAGACAGUCUUCCGGGUCAUGUGGGCAGCAUGACUAAACCGCUUGUGGUGCAACGGGACACCAUGACGGAACACUGUGAUAUGUGAGGUAUAUCAGCCUCACUCUGGCAACCCUAAUUUAUGAAGUACCUAAGGACGUGGGAGGCGCUGUGGCUUAAACCACAGAGCCUAGGACUUGCCGAUGAGAAGGUUGGCAGUUUGAAUCCCCGUGACGGGGUGAGCUCCCAUUGCUCAGUCCCUGUUCCUGCCAACCUAGCAGUUCGAAAGCAUGUCAAAGUGCAAGUAGAUAAAUAGUUACCGCGCCGGCGGGAAGGUAAACGGUGUUUCCAUGCGCUGCUCUGGUUCGCCAGAAGUGGCUUGGUCAUGCUGGUCACAUGACCUGGAAGCUGUACGCCGGCUCCCUCGGCCAGUAAAGCAAGGUGAGCGCCGCAACCCCAGAGUCGGUCACGAAUGGACCUAAUGGUCAGGGGUCCCUUUACCUUUUAAAAUAGUGUAGUGGUAAAAAGAACCAAUCCAGGUUCAGAAAUUCAUCUUGACAUGUGAAGAAUUAAACUAGGAACGAGGCAGUGGCAGCCCCACUCAUCUCACCCACCUUGUCGCCUGGCACGCAGACUGCUCUUCAGAUCUUCGCAUGUUUAGCAUGAAGGCCUGAGAGGCUUUUAAAGACUCAUCAGCUGAACACACUUAGGACUCUCCUGGUAAUCAGUAAUCCUGAUAAGCCAGGCUUCCCACUCACAGGGGAGGUGUCUAAGCCCGUUCAAUUGAGCAUAGUUAAAAACCCUCUUCAAACCUUUAUGCUAAAUGCAUAAAUAUCUGAAGGGCAGCCUGGAUAUGACCUGUGCUAUUCACUGUGCUUUCCCUUCGCUGGAGAAGAACAGGCACAAUGAAUCACACCAAUCUGGCAAGUGAGCGACUGAAUCAACCUCUUUCCUGACAUCUAAGUAGAUGAUCACUGAGGGAAUAAUUAGGGCUAAAACUGUACAGUUUUGGCUCCUGGACAGCGCUUUGUAGUAUCAGGAUGAGGAACUGUAAUCCUCCAUUUGAUUUUCUUUUUUUACUUUGUAAGAAAUAAGGUGCCAGGAUCUUGAUAAAAGGGUCAUGGCCAUCAGCACAAAAUGGCUGCCAUGGGCAGCAAAGAACAAUUUUUUAAACAAAAUUGAUGGUACACUGUACUAGUAAGUACCAGCACAAGAAGAGCGCUGCAGCUCUGUCUAGUAGGAAUCCAUGUACAGAGGCCUUCUACACACAAACGCACCUCACUGGAUCUGAAUGAUCACUGUAUGCAUAGUAUCAACACACAUUUUAAUGUUCUUCUGGGUCCUGUUGAUCAAUUCAUGGCUUUGUCAUAUUAAACUAUAGGCAGAUUGAUUAUUGAAGAGAGCCGUACUAAUUGUCUGUUUAAGGGGAGAGAAAUACUUCAUGUCUGUAGUAGUAAUCUUUUUAAAAAAAAUAAAUUGCUCAGAUAAACUAAGAAUCACUGAAUUUGAAAGAAGUAUUUGUCAUCCAUUAUUACUUGGCAUUGUUUUCAGUAGCCAAUGCAAUUGCUUUCUAGUCAAAUAAUGUUUGGCCUUGCCUAGUACAAAAGAGAAGCAGAGAAGCUACUUACUCCUUUUCUGUUUUUCUAACAAGAGCUAUGUAAAAGUGCCGUCUUUGGGGAAAACAGCCACUUCCUGCGUUUGGCAAGAAAAGCAGCACCCUUAGGCUUUUUCUAACUAAACAGAGAAACUCUUAUCCCUUUUUGUCUGUCUAACAAAUGUAUGAUAAUGAUAAUUUUAUAAGAUCCCAGGGUGGGUUACAAAAAACAAUACAAUAUUCAAUUAUAAAAACAGAUAAAGCUGUUGCCAUUCUGAAACCUGCAAAAGCAUUCCAAUGGAACAGAAUACAUUCAGUGAAAUAAAUUCUAUAUGUAUUGGUGUGUGGAAUCAUUAUAUGUUUCCCUGUAAAAUAGAUGCACCAUUUUGUAAACAUCUUUAAUGAAAGAACUCUAGGGUCAGAAUAGUGAUACGCACACACAAUAUCAAAAUGUUAAAAGGAAACAUAAAAAUAUAACAGGUUAGAAGUGAACAAUGUUACCUGGAAGUAAGAGGUCCCAUGAGAUGGAAAAAGUUGCACUGAUAUUUACACCUGAUCUUAAAUUCUUAUGAAGGAAUGUAAUAAAGGGAAAUAUAUCUGCAUUGGGAUGGUGUGGCAAGGUUUUCCCUUCUGUUCUGCUAGAUAACAAAGAAAUGUUAAAUAGGAGUUAUAAAACACGAAGGCUUACAUUGAACUUGGGAUGCUUGAACCUGAUACAUGCUCAAUUUACAUCCAACAAUUUGUUACCCCUUGCUCCAAACUUUGAGGGCACUAGGGAGGCGGCUCCAUUUGCUAACCAGAGCAACUUUGGCUGCUAACAGCAAACUGGAAAAGCCACCUCAUACUGUUAGAAGAGGGGGGUGGUCUGAAUAUAUAGAAUUAAGAAGAAUAAUUGAUCCUCAAACUUCUACAUAACUAGACACAUCCAUGAUGGAUGAUACAAGGAGUCUAAACUCACAGCGUCAUUUUUAGCAAAAGGACUGUAUUGUUUAUGGAUAAGAGGAAAGUAUGAGGGCAUUACAUCACACUGACUGACAAUUUUAUCCCACCGACUGACAAUUUCUGCUGAGCAUGUAGAAUUUUGAAGCAAUUUGACAGAUGGUUGCCCUCCAGUUCCUCUCCAUGUAUACAGUAAGAGGUAUUCUAAUGCCAAGGUAAAUAAUACUCGAGAUCACUCUGAUAAUAAGACCUGUGAACCCACUGUAAUAAAAGCAAGAAUCCCUCCCCACCCCUGGCCGAAAGAUGCCAGAGCUUCUGGGAAAUGUUCAUUUAUACGAAGCUGCCACAAAAAGUGAUAUAAAGUGGAUAUAGCUAGCAAGGAAUAUAGUGCAGAUCCAGUAAUUGUGUGACUGCAGGAGUAGGAAGCACAUAUUCACCACAAAACAGGAUGGGGGUGGGAAUCUAAUGAGUUCACCGUGUUGACCAUAUUCCUUAAGUGAUGCUAGAAGCUAUUCCCAGUCAUACCAUUAAGCACAGUGAGGCAGCCACCUGAGGCAGCAGAUUCGGGGUGUUAUGAAAGGGCAGCAAGAUAUUAGUUGUUUAAUUUAUUAUUACUGUAAUGCCAAGGAGGGGGAAGAGUUGUCUAUGGGAUCUGGUGCCUCAGAUGUCAAAAUAAUUGACAAGCCUUGAGAUUAUGCAAUGGGGGAGGGGAUUUGUGCCAUUUGCUGCUCCACUUCAGGCAGCGAAAUAUCUUGGGCCUGGCCUGUGAGACAUUGUGUGCCAGAAAGGUACAGUUCAGAUUGUUUUGCACCUCCAUGCAGAACAAAUUUAAACCAAACACAAUCACUGCAAUGUUAGAGUAAAUUUUGGCAAGGGGUCAAACCACAGGAUGCCUGAAUGAGUUUACAUUGCCAGGAAGAUUGGAAGCACUAAUUAUUUUUAUUAGCACAACUUCUCAGCAGAAAUGUAAUAAACCCCGGCUUAAGGACUCUUUAAAAUAUAUGUUAGCAGAGACAUUAGGUAUUAUCAAGAACCUAGGGCUAGACUCUGGUAGUUCAGGGCAGGGAAAUGUUGAGAAUAAACACAGGGUCAGUUUCCAUGCUACGUUUUGGAUGUAGUGACUGCAUCAUCAGUUGACUUUCCCCAGUAAUUUGAUCCUCUUAGCUAAUCUUCUGAAUAUUUAGGUUUAAACUGAGAUUGCAAUUUAUCACAUCCUGACCCAACACACUUUUUUUGGGGGGGGGGGUUCUAGGAUGUGCUGAGCUGCAAUCUCAUUAAGUGAUGGAACAUCCAGAAGAUUGCUUGUCUACAAAAAUGCAAAGAAAAGUGCUAAAUUUGCUCUCUCUCUAAAAAGAAGGUCACAAAUACCGGACUAUAAUCCUUACAUGCUGUCCUCCAGUAUGGCAUAAUUACAGAUGCCUACUUACAGUUAACUAACUUUAUAAUUUUCUAUAAACUGCGGGGCUAUAACUACAACUAUAACUGGAGGGAGGACGCAGAAUGAGUGAGAUGAAAAGAUCCCCAUGCAGAUGAGCCUAAGGUGCAUUAUUAUUUCAGUUGUGCUCAAUUGUAUUCAGCCAUGAGGUAACUCUUGUGACUUCCCUGCAUUAGGAAGUUUGGAAAUAGAGCCAUUUUCCCUGAGGACAAUAGCACACGUGUUUUCUUAAGCCAGAGAAUUUUUCAAGUUUCCAUGUGCUGCAUUAGUCAUUUCUCAGCCAUGAACUAAGCAAAUGUUGUCCCACACUACAUGCUACAUCCUGUAUUUUACCCGAACCUAAAACUGUUUCUCACUAGGCAAAUCUUGUUUUAUCACAAAGAAAAUCUGUGAAGGCAGGAUGUCUGGAUAAGAAUUUCUCCCCACCCAUCCCCCACAACCUUCACAUCUAGCAAGAGAAAUUCCACAUUUUUAUUAUAGGCUUUUCACAGCACCCAGAAUAUGGUACUACUGCUUGAAUUCAAGAAAAAAAAAAAAACACCUGACUGGCUUUUGAAAAUAUAUGAGUUUUGUAUUUGCUAGGUUAAAAUGAAGUCCUGGUUUAAUGAUACAAACUUAGGACUGGUUUCAAGUUUUUUAUACUUUUCUCCUCACAGACAGCUACUUUAAAUUCAUAGAUAAAUGAUUGAUCCAAAUGGGUGUGACCAUGGCACCUCAAUAUACAGGGUCACCUAAUUUAGAUCACUUCCUGGAAAAAAAGACAAUUUCACUUUACUAAUAUAUCACCAAUAUAUCUGAGGCAUAUUAGUGGAGUCAGGUGGUGAUUUUCAGAAGCACUCAAGAGAUUCCAAAAAGAUUCCACCUUCUUCCACUUCCCUAUUAGUUUGAGCCUUACCUAGUCCAAAAAAAUUUCUAGACACCAUUAUUAUUGUGAAAGAUGCGACUUACCCCACCUGCAAGUAGCCAUAAUCCAUGACACAUGGAACAUUAUGUACAGCCAAGCAAUUUAUUACUGUGUCUGUUCUGAUCCCAAAGAUCGUUAAAUACCGGUACGUUUGAAACAACUGAGUGACAUAUUUCUAAUUUAAGAUACAACCAUAAGCCACCAGACUGCAAAAGCAAGACACAAUUAUUGUAACAUAAACUACAUAAGAAAAACAGCACCUCUACCUCCCUGCCAUUCAGUUUUAGUUGAGUGACACCACCAACAGAGUCUGCUAGAAGUGAUCCUCAAAAGGAGUUCAAGAUGUCCCUAAUUACGUAGAACCAUGCCCUAUUUAGUUAGGUACUUGUGUUCAAGCACUGCUUAAAAGAAUGGCACAGUGUAUAGCAAUAUUUUUACAGCAAUAUCUUUUAGAGAUUUAACAAGCAUUCUCUCUUUGUAAAUCUGUCCACAAGGAGAGUGUUUGUUCUGUCAAAAAGUGGGCCAUAUUUUAUAGAAUACACAAACACAAGCAAAGGGUUUAUUCCUUGGAAUGGCUCCAAGGAGUCCUAUGUAUGCGCCAACUACAAUUCAGUGGAACAAGGUGUAAUCACACAUAUACAGCGGUACCUCGGGUUAAGUACUUAAUUCGUUCCGGAGGUCCAUUCUUAACCUGAAACUGUUCUUAACCUGAAGCACCACUUUAGCUAAUGGGGCCUUGCGCUGCCGCCGCACGAUUUCUGUUCUCAUCCUGAAGCAAAGUUCUUAACCCAAGGUACUACUUCCGGGUAAGUGGAGUCUGUAGCCUGAAGCGUCUGUAACCUGAAGCGUCUGUAAUCCGAGGUACAACUGUAUACAACUUCCCAAAGCCAUGCAAACUAUAAUAGCUCUUGGGCAAGUAGACUGAAAGCCAAGUAUGUAACUGCAUUGCUAAUGGCAAAGUACAUUUUUAGGCAAGAGAGCUUGUAUCCCCCCCCCCAUCUUGAUCAAAAACAUUAUGGUGUGCUCAUAGUCUAGUCUUGGCAAAACUGGCAGAUAUUUCAAAGGGAGAAAAAUAAUUGAGUGAACUCAUAAACGAGUCACCUUUCCAGGUGGUUCUCAGAAGAUAAAGUUGCUAAGGAGUCAUAGCGCUACUAUACCUGAGUCAUCAUCAAAUAAUCGUCUCAGACGUUUGUGCAAAUAUUGCACCUGUGUAAAUACUGCACACACCUCUUAAGCCAGAAGCAAUGGGAAUUCUGUGUGACAUGAAAAGGAGACCUAUCCUAUGUCUGGUCCAGUGAUGUCUAAACAUAUUAGAUGCCACAGCACAGAAAAGUAUGUAAAAUGUGUACCAAGGAAUCUUAACAGUGUGUUAGUUCCUGGCUUUUGCUUCAAAUGGUUUGGGAAUAGCAACAUAGCUUAUGAGAGGUGGCCCUAAAUCUCUCAUGUACAUUAGAAUGCCUUUGAACUUAAUGCUACUGACACAUUCUCAAAGGCUUUCUCACAGUUUGCUGUGUGUUCAAGAAAGUCCAUGUGCCUUUCUUUCACCCCAUCCUACACAUGGGGGGAAAACAGCUGUAGGGCGCUCAUUGAGUUAUAAAGUCAUGACAUAUCCUUUAGCUACACCAAGACUGGACUACUCCAGUGUGCUCUACACAAGUUGAUCUUAGAAGAACCUUCUACAGAGCUCUUUCCUCUGCAACAUGCAAAACCCUCCGAGUACCCGGAGAUCAAGGGGAAGGAGUGCUAAACACAAUAGAUUGAACCUGCUGGCUCCUGUGCAUCUGUCACAGCUUCAGCCCCCCCCCCCUCCUCAGCUGCCUGUUCCACACCUGCAUAUCCCCCAACAUUUCUCUGAUGGCAAUAGGGACGUCCCAUUCCAUAACAAUAAAUGUACUAUUUAUACCCCGCACAUCUUACUGGGUUGCCCCAGCCACUCUGGGCAGCUUCCAACAUAUAUAAAAACAUUAAACUUUUAAAAACUUCCCUAUGCAGAAUUGCCUUCAGACGGCUCGGGGGUUGGAUAACUCCAUACCCUCCAAUGAAAAUAGGGACAUCCUAAGGAAAAGUGGGACAUUCCAGGAUCAAAUCAGAAACCGGAAUGGGUUUACUAAAUCAGGGACACCCCUGGAAAGUAGGGGCACUUGGAGGGUCUGUGUCUGCAGUGUUUUCCAUCUCUCUCAAGCCUGUUGCUUUUCCAGCAUCUUCCCAUUCUUCCUCUGAUCUGUCUUCAUUGUCCCACCACCACUUCCCCAGUUUGGAGCCUUCCUCUUCUGAGGCUUCCCUAUGGCGAUCUCUGGCUGGAACCUCCCACCACUCCUCAUUGUCCAGCCAGUCCCUGACAAUAGGUUUCUCUCUUUCAUCCAAUGUCUUAAUCUGCUGCAGCUAAGAAUAUUGGGACAGCCCUGCUGGAUCAGACAAAAGGCCCAUCUAGUCCAACAUCCUUGUUCUCACAGAGACCAGCCAGGUGCCUAUAGGAAAACAGCCUGUGUCUAGUUUUAUUAUUAUAUUAAAUGUGUGGAAUAUUAUUGUACAGUGGUACCUCGGGUUAAGUACUUAAUUCGUUCUGGGGGUCUGUUCUUAACCUGAAACUGUUCUUAACCUGAAGCGCCACUUUAGCAAAUGGGGCCUCCUGCUGCUGCUGCGCCGCCGCUGCAUGAUUUCUGUUCUCAUCCUGAAGCAAAGUUCUUAACCUGAGGUAAUAUUUCUGGGUUAGCAGAAUCUGUAACCUGAAGCAUAUGUAACCCGAGGUACCCCUGUAUUUUAAAGUUGCUUCAAGGUCCUGAGUAAGCACUAGAAGAGCUGCAUAUACAUUUUCAUAUAAAUAAAUAAACAUAUAUGCACACACACAGUGUCACACAAUCCAUAACCUGCUUUCAUCAACAUAUUUCAGGACUCAUCGGGGGUCAACCAGUUAUAAUUUCACCCUAAAGGGUUGAUCUAACUUCUCUUGAAUCCCACAGGGAAUUUCACAUAUUGAUUGGAGCAGAGCAAGCCUUCUAAGAACAUGCUCCACAUCCUUUGAUGCAAAUUAGUUAUUCCUUAACAUCCCUAAUAAGCCAGCUUUUACUACGAUAAAAGAAAAGUAGGGAAAGAAGGGAAAUCUUCCUUUUCUUUUUCAUUCAUACAGUGAGGCAGAAAACGAUUGCGAUAAUAAUCUGGUGUUAGUGACUGUGAGUACAGAACAAGGAAGUGGUCUGAUUAAGCAGAGCAAAAUAGCGCGUUCUUGCAUAUGUGCCUUCAGACUGAAUGCUAACAAUUCCCUGCACAGUCUGAUCAGCUACACUGGGGACUUUUCAGAUAGGGGAACAUACACUUGAUCAAAGAGUGCUGUGUGCAGCCAACCUUUGCCAGAAGAAAUGCUGCUUAGGCAGAAAGAACUGAUGUUAUCCCUCUUGUCUGUCUCCGAUAAAAUAUGUAGUGAGCAUACUAAAUGUGAGGAGAUGGCCUACUUUUCCUUGCAAUGUGGAAGAAACACAGUGCACUGCUGGAAACCUGUCUGUUACUAGGUUAAGGAUAUAGGCAUUCCUCCCAUAAGGCAGAAACCAUCAUUGAGAAACAAAAUUAACGUGCAGACAUGUCGCCUGAGUAGGGCAAUUCCUUGGGAUCUGAUUAAAUUUAAUGAUAGUUUCAGCAUAUAUGUAUAUAUAUAUAUAUGCGCAAGGCAUUGCAGCAGUUGAUAAAUUAUUCAUCUUUCAGGAGAACAAAGAACAGAAUUUAAUCAGAAAAGAAUCAAAGCUAAACUCAUGUGAGAAAUUGUGUGUGUGUGUGUGUUCUCUGUGGCUGGAAUCUAUGGAAAUUUCUCCUGUACAAACCCUUCUCAAACGAGUGGUAUUGUGAAAAUCUCAUCUGUUUAACUGUGCAAGCAAAGGUUGUGAUUAAUUGUGCCCAUGGUCUUCAGCUAACCUUCCUCAUAUUGCUUAGGCUGUGUACACCACACAUUUAAAGCACAUUUCUCCCCCCCCCCCAAUCCUGGAAACUGUAGUUUGUUAAGGGUACUGGGAAUUAUUGCUAGAACUUGGUAGAGUUUACUUUUGUGUAGACAUGUGUAAUGUUGCACUGCCAGCAUGGACGAAGCCAGGAUUUUUGUUAGGGGAAGGCUGGACUUUUGUUGGUGAUUGGUCAGUUAGUUAAGCAUUUCUAUUGUUUUACUUUAUGGGGGGGCAGCUGCCCCCCCUGCCCUCGCUUGGCUACACCCAUGACUGCCAACCUCUAAAGCGGAGGUGUUAUGUACUGAGUUGAAUAGGAUCCAAAAGGCAGCAGUCUGAUUGGUCCUAGAACAAUAGGGUCCAGAAUGCAGCAGUUUGAUUGGUCCACAGGAGCCACCCAAUCCAGCUCCAGGUGGAAGGGAAUCCGCAACCUGAUUGGCCUACAGGAGAAUCCCGGAAUUAGCCAAUCAUAUUGGGCCCAUUAUGUAAAUAAUGUAUAUAAGGCAGACAUUCUGGGGGAACUUCCAUUCCGCCUCACCACUAUGAGCUGAAUAAAGAGCAUGAAAUCCACUCUCGACUCCGAGUAUAUUUCAGGAGGUGAAGAGCCUUUUUCAACCAGAGGACCACAUGCCUUUGUAAGGAACUGUGCCAAUGACGAGCAAGAGCAAGGGCAAAAGUGGGUGCGACAGUAGAUGUAACUCUCUGAGUCUUACUUUUAUACAGUUCGCUACAUUCUAAAAUCAUGUUUACAUACACAUCCAUGCAAGCAGGAUGCACGAUCACAGUUCAAUGAUAUAUUCCCGCUAGGCAAAAGGAUCACAUGGAACUGGGCUGCAAAUGCAAGGUUGACCCGAGGAGGUGGACUAGCCUUGAAAGUGUGCCGAGGGCCAGAGAGGGAAGCCCAGAGGUCCAGAUCUGGCCUCUGUGCCUGAAAUAUCCUACCCCUGCUCUGAAGUACCACAGGACUCGUUGUAUUCGCAUUUCCCUUCUGUGCGUAACACAAGGAAAACUGAAAUGAUUCAGCGCUCAGUGUUGAUCUGCAGAGAUGUGGGCGGGAGUUAUAACAUGAACAAGUUGCCAGUGGUUACGGCUUGCACUGUAAAUAAUCUCACUGAAUGUCCUUUGCCUCCAGAAAUAAGCACAUUCACUGCGCAAGGAAGCAAAACCACUGUUCUUGAUCCAAAAAGAUGAUAACAGGGCAAUCCUAUGCAUGUGUCCUCAGAAGGAAAUCCUACUGAAUUCAGUUGAGCCUACUCCCAGGUAAGCAUGUAUAGGAUUGCAUCCUAAGGGCAUUUUCCCACACAUAAAGCCAAAGGUCCUGUUGAAGCUCUCCUGCUCUGUUUGUGCAGACUUAGGUUGCAACCCUCUACACACCUGCCUGAGAAAUUAGUGGGAUUUACUGCUGAGUAUAUAUAUAUGUGGCAGUACUAUUAGGAAGGGCAAGCACUAGAAAGAGAAAUAGCCGUCUCUAGCUCCAAAGUAUGUUGUUGUUGUUGUUGUUUUAUUAAAUCUGUAUACCGCCCUUUAUCUGAAGAGUACAGGGUGGUGGUGGUUUCGAGUGGAAAUGUGAGGAAAAGACUGGCCAUGGAUGAAAAUGGUAACCCCAUUGUGCUGGGGUUAAUUCCUUCCCAUUUUGCCAGGCCUAAUCUUGGAGAUGUAUCCUUCAAUGCUCCUUUCAUUAUAACACCUUUGCUCCCUCUCCCCAACCCCAGUCCUGAUUUAAAAUUUCACCGGCUGUAUUUUUGUUUUGUUUUGAUUUUUAAACCUGACUAGUCUUUUCAGCUGGAUCAGCUUCUGUCUUCUUAGCUUGUUUAUCUGGAAAGAAGUUGAUGUGGGAGGAAUGAAGUGUUUUGCUGAGAGAACAGCACAUGCAAAACCACCUGAUAACUCAUUGCUGGGUUUUGUCCCUUCCCCCCCCCAACGUAACAGCACUGGGAAUAUUAUUGCUGCCAAAGGCAGCAGCCCUAGCAUGGUCAUGAUCCUUGCAUUUACACCUCAAUUCCUCAGGAUCUGGAACUAGGUUUUCUGCUUCUCCAAACUCACUGAAAAAAGGCCCAUAUAUACUUCAUGCAGGCCUGGAUCUGGGCAGAGGGACCUCUGGUGGGCUCCCUCCUCUGUCUGGGGGCUUUGGCAGGCUUUCCUGGCUGUGGUGGCAGCUCUCUGAGCAGUGCUAGGUCGCAAGGCUUAGCCCCCUUUUGCCUUUACCACAAUACCUCAGCACAAUGCUUGGUCAGGAGCACUGUGGGGAAUUGGAAAAGGGUAUCUGUCUGGCACUGGUCAGAAGAUAGACUAAAUCAAUAAAUAAGGUGGGCUGGCAUCAGCAGUGAGUCCCUGCAGCUGUCCAAGAAAGCCAGUUGCUCAUGUUGACCUUGGAUUUGUGAACAUCUGAUUGACCAAGAAUGUUUGGAUACAUUGAGCCCUGUAAAUCCAGGUGGAGAGGGAGUAUGUGUUACUAUAAUGCAGGAAUGGGGAAUCUUGGCCUCAGUGCAGUCCUCUAGGCCUCCCUGUCUUGCCCUCAGAACUGUCCUCACUGUCUCUACAAGCCACAACCUUCACUGGCCCUGCUUUAUGCCCUGAGUGUUUUGGCCUGGCUGGAACAUGUCCUUGAACUCUAAUAGCACCGCUUUCUUGUCUGGAUGAAGGAUAGAGAGGGGUGUGAUCGUCUGAAGAAGCUAGCUGACAGGAGCGAGCCAGCAGUAAAUCACACUGAGCAAGUUGGCGUUAUUAGUAAAUAUCUGCACAGGAGUGGCAGGCCUAAUGACACAUCCCCUCAGCUGUCUAAGUCCCCUCCUCUCAGCAGUUUAUCCCAAGCAAUCUGAGACUGUGCCUGCAUGAAGCUAACUUCUCCUCUACCCUUUUCAUGCCUCUCCUGGUUCUGGAAGAUGAGGAGGGAUGGGAGCUUCUCACAGCAGGAGGGGGAGACAUCUGUGCCUCUUCAUCAGCUGAGUUCAUCUCUGCCUCUUGGCUUCCCUCUCCUACUGCAGCUUCUGCCUCUAAUUCUGGACUUCUCUUUGCCAGACUCCCCCUGCUCACUAUGCCCUGUUACCUCUUCAGCUUCUGACAGCUCCUCCUCCCAAUCUGCUCCUUCUUCUCCCUCUGAACACUCAUCAUCAUCCCACUACCAAUCGCCUUCUUCUCUUGGGGGUUUCCCAGCUGGUUCCUCCCACCAUUCCUCUGCAUCCAACCAGUCCAUGACACUAGCCUACAAUGCAAAGAUAAGAUCCACAUCAGUUGCUCUGCUCCUGCUUCCCUGAAAUUUCACUUCAUGACCCUGACAAAGUCCAUACAAGCUUACACCAUAAUCACAUUAUUCUCUUUUUUUAUGUCUUUAAGGGGCCUCAAUACCCUUUGUUGUUUUUGCUGCUAGAAACUAACAUGGCUCCCCAUCUGGACAUUUGUAAUGUGUAGACAUCAGUCCCCAACAUUUUGAGCAGAACAUAGAGCAGGCUGUUCAAUAAGCAUUUUUUUUAAAAAAUGCACAUCAUUGCAUUACUCUCCUCUUGUUUAUUUAAAUUCUAGCCGCCCCCACCUCUCUUGAAACAAGUUGGCUGCAGGGAUUACAAAUAAAACAGGACACACACAAUAAUAACAUGUCGAUUUCCAUGUUCUUCCACAGCUGCUUAACCAAGACUCUUGAAUGCCAGCCCAAAAAGGAGAGGUUUACAUUGGGUAAGAAGUUGCUUAAACUUUGAAUGGGAGUAGGCCAGAGCACAGCUGAAUAUGUGUGUGUUCAUGUGUAUAUGCAAACACACACACACACACACACACCACACACAAGAAUGCAGUUGUAAGGCAACAAGCCUGCUGUAUAUUUGACCCUUAGGAAGGCACAAAAUAGUUACUUCCUUCUGUCUAAAAAUAUACCAGAUUUGUUGUCCGCUGUGCAUCAAAACAGAUGGGCCUCAACCCAGACAGCAUUGGGGACUUUCCAGACUGGUUGUUUAUUGAGCAUUCAUGCUGAUGUAUUUAAAAAAAAAUGUGUGGACAUUAUACGGCAUUGCCUUCUCAUUGAACAUUAAUCCUGAUCAGUUCAUGAGGGGGUUAUAUGACAUUGCCAGCUUUUGGUUGAUAACUCACACUUCGCAGUGCAUAGGAUCACUGAUGUACCAUACAGAACUGGUUCACAAGUCACAGUAUGCCAAACUAUAGCUUACCAUGACCACUUGAACAUGCAGGUAAGGAGCCCGCACCUGCAGCUGCUUUGCUCCUUUCUGCUCUGCAUGUCUUCCGAACCUGGGCCCAUGGUUAUGUUCCCUCACCAGUAACCACGAGAUGUAGCCAAAGAAUAAGCCUUGGCACCAAGGUUAUAUAAUUUGUCUUACUGUGAUGUGAGAAAUGGGCCAGAGUUUGAGGGAGCAGCCAAAGCUUAGGAAGAGGACAAUUUCUUGUAAUAUGAACCCCUUAAAACCUCUGUGCUCUCAGAUACAAAGCUGCCUACUGAGUAAAAAGAUGACCUUAGAAAAGCUUCAUUGCACUUCCCAUCUCAUAAGGAAGUGAGAGAAAAACUGUACGGUUAAACUGUGAUCUUAAGAAGUCCCCAGUAACAGCAGAUUGGUCGCUUUUACCCCCAGGGCAAAUGGAAAACUUUUUUCUCUGGACAGGGAUUGAAAAGAAACACACUCUUAUAAAGGCGAUGACUCUGUCUUGAACCCUGGCCAGGAUCAGCUGCUUUCAUCAGUCAUGAGUUGGAGUACAUACUUUAAUUGUAUCAAAAUGUAGAUAAAUGAUUUGAUCUUUUGUAUGAGGAUUUGCUGUCUCUCCCUCCCCCCCCCCCGCCCCAAUUUACACUUAUCUGAACAUAAAAAGAUAUGCUGGAUUAAAUUAAAGGCUUAUUAAGUCCAGGGUUCUGAUCUUUUGCACCCAUGCCCAGUUUCAAAGCCAGGACAUGAGUGCAAAAACACUCAUGAUCCCCUGGCACUGGAAUUCAGAUGCGUAGUGCCUCUGAUCCUGGAAGCCAACAAGACUAGUAUCCAUUAAGUAGUAGCCAUUAGCAAGGCCCAGCCCUACUAAUAGGCAGGAAUGUUCCCUUUCUCUUGUCAAGUGAGAUUUCUGCAUACUGGCAUCCCAGGAUCCUGGGGAGAGCCAUAGCUCAAGGGCAAGCACAUCUGCUUUGAAUGCAGAAGGUCCCAAGUUCAGCCCCAAACACCUCCAGGUAAGGGGCUAGGAAUGCCCUCUGUCAGAAAUCCUAGACAGAUGCUGCCAAUCAGUGCAGCAUAUACUGAGGUAGCUGUAUCAAUGGCCUUACUCAGUAUAAAGUAGCUUCCUAUGCCUUAUUGUGUUGUAAAUACAGUGUGCACUGUAGGCUAGCGACUUUGCUGAUUGUGUAUUGUCCCUGCCCUUUCAGAAAAAUGAUAGGGAUCAGUAUGAUCACAUAUUCAGCAGCCCUCAAAAGGGCCUCCCUCAUCCCACCCUGGGGAACAUAUUUUGCUGCAGGUGUUAUACCAGGGCAUACGGGGAAUAUGCUUCACUUCCUAGUUCCCACUCAGUUGCUAUGAAAAACUGCUGGGCAAUGCAUAUCUGGGUGCUUCCUGCAAAAAGAUCUGUCUGGUGACUUGCAGAAAGCUUCACCCUGUCAAGGGACAUUAUUUGAGUUAUUUAUGGUGAAUAUAAAUAAAGAAGCUUGAUAGAGGGGUUGGCCUUGAGGAGUACAUUACCCCAGCACUCCAGAUAAUGCACAGGUUUUCUACAGCCUUGUAGACACAAUUUCAGAACAGGUAAUGGCUGAACUAUACAGCCAGUUUACUUCCUUAAUUUUAUGGUGUUGUUCUGUAUGAAACAGAAAGGAAAGACAGUGCAAUUUUUACAAGGAUGCAAAUGGGCGUUGUUCUGACUGGAAAUAACUGCCUCAGAAAUGCUUGUGCAAGUGAGCAAGCAGGGAAUGGUCCAGCUUGCUUUUUUGUAAACUGACAGAAAAACAGAGAAGAUCCAUACUGUUCAGCCUCUGAAAACUGUUUCUGAAUCUACUUCAAAAUGUCUGCAAAGUCUGUCCUGUACUGUAUAAGGUGUGGGUGUGUAGCAGUUUUUGUGAAAUUUGCAACACAGAGAGACACUUCACCUCUUUUAAAAGAUGGGUAGAUGUUUCAACUAUUGCAGUUGCAACCUGUCAGGCUAGCAUUUUGAUCUUCAGCAUAAGCACUCAGAGGUCACAUUGGUUUUGACAGAAUGCAAUGGCAGAUGGUGAGUGUUUUUGUUCAUCCAACAUGGGAAAGCACAACAUUCCACAUAGUGGACUGGGCCUGCACACACACACACACACACACACACCGGCAAAUCUGAGUUCUUUCUCUGAAACACACAGAGACAUAUAAACCAAGGGUAGUCAAUGAGGUGCCCUGCAGAUGUUGCUGGACUUCUGACAAAAAUGCCCUGAUGAAAAUAGAUUGCACACUCAUGAACAUGUUCACACUCAAGAACAGGUGGAAUUGCCUUUUUAACAUACAGUGUAGGUCAGUAUUAAUUGUUUGUUUGUUUGUUUGUUUGUUUGAUCUAUACCACUUUCUUUCAAACAAUUAAGAUGGCUAAUAAAAAUUACAGAUAAAACUGCACUAAAAGUAAUCUAAAAGAAACAACAGAAAAGGUCAGAAAUGGCAUAAUCAUAUUUAACAGUAGCAACCAGAGAAAGAAACUCCAUGGAGGGGAUGAAGGUUAAGAGACAGUGGCUUGCAGAAAGUCACUUAAAUGGUUUCAUGGCUGAGGUUUGAAGUCAGGAUUUACUGGCACAAAGCUCACCUUCUUAGUCAUUCCCAUAUUAAAAUCUCGUUACUCUGUGUAAAUGAAACAACAUGCAGCAACCUCCUUCAAAAGGAUGUCCAACCUUAGUACAAAGAAGUACAGAAUGUGCAUGUUUAAAGUUCUGAGUGCAGCCAAAUUCAGCAUCUUGGUCAAGCUCCAGGAUGUGGUCUGAAACUGUUGCAGUGCAAAGCUUUUGUUGUGCGAUUGCUAUCAUGUUACACAUGCAUUGCAAAGACACCUUGACCAAAAGGAGAAGAGGGAAAGAAUGAUUCUGAAGUGUGUUUUUUGGGGGGGGUGUCUAGUUUUGUAAAUGGUUUUAAUCAUAUAAGCCUUGUUCUUAAAAGAUUGGUGUAUAUGGAAUAACUGCUGGCUAUUAUUGAAAGUGGGACGCGGGUGGCACUGUGGGUUAAACCACAGAGCCUAGGACUUGCCGAUCAGAAGGUUGGCGGUUCGAAUCCCUGCAACGGGGUGAGCUCCCGUUGCUUGGUCCCUGCUCCUGCCAACCUAGCAGUUCGAAAGCACAUCAAAAAGUGCAAGUAGAUAAAUAGGAACCGCUCUGGCGGGAAGGUAAAUGGCAUUUCCGAGCGCUGCUCUGGUUCGCCAGAAGUGGCUUAGUCAUGCUGGCCACAUGACCCGGAAGCUGUACGCAGGCUCCCUCGGCCAAUAAAGUGAGAUGAGCGCCACAACCCCAGAGUCGGCCACGACUGGACCUAAUGGUCAGGGGUCCCUUUACCUUUACCUUUAUUAUUGAAAGUGGCUUCCCAUGGGCUUAUGAUCUGCAGAGAUAGCUAAUCCUUUUGAAAGUUACAUUCUCUAGCCACGACCUUCAUAUGCAUUUGGGGAAAUCAUAUUGCUUUUUGUGUGUCUUUAUCCUACUAUCUCUAAAUAGCUUUGGGUAACCCCCCUCCCAAGAAGGGGUUAUUUUCCUUUGUGAAUUCUCUCCACAUAGCACUAAAAAAAUCCCUCUGUUGUCAUCUUCAGCAAUCCCCAAGAAGAUGCAAAGUGCUUCACAUUUCCUUCUCCCACUUCCUGCUAUAGUGAAGUGACAACAGUUGGCUGUUGCAGACCAAACCAUAAUCUCAUGCAUUAGCCUACCUUUCCAUGUAGCCACAAGAUUUGGAAUGUUGCCUCGUAGAUUUGCUACUUGUAGCAUAUGAAAGAGCCCUAAACUGCCUGGAAAGUAAUGGCACGAGUAGCUUCAUUGUGGCAAGCCAACAUCGCUGUUGAUUUGUAUUGGACUUGGUCAAGACUGACAUUUUCUGGAUGGUGUUCAGUGUAGUUUGUGGUGGCAUGCAAGAGAGUUUGCAAGUUGAUCUUCACAAUCAACCAGAAUGCUACAGAGAAGGAGCCACAAUGUUACACAUAGCCACCUUGCACCCAAUCAGAUGAUUGUGUGAUUGCUCUGUCAGAAGUACAAGUUUUUCAGUGUCCCAAUGAUUGUGCCAAAUAUGCACCAGGCAGUGGGUUGUAAAGUGUGUGCUUGGUGAAGCAAAAAGAAAGAAGGAAGAAGGAAGGAAGGAAGUGAAAACAUUGCCACAAAUAUUCUCACUGGCUAAUUAGUCAUAGGAAUCGGUCCUAGGUUUGCAUUGCUGGUUGUGAAUACAAAAUAAGAAAGCAGCAGGUUUCUUCAGUUCCCAUAAUGAGAAAACCCCACACCUUCUAGAGACUUUAACAACAAUAACUUUGUAUAUAUAAGGGUGGUUUUGAAGUAUUGUACAGGUUACACAUCUGCCAUCUGCUUCGGGUUGGGAGAAAAGUGCCUUUUUUCAAUAGCCGAGUAAAUGCAAUUCACUUUCAGUACAUCACAUUCUAGCAGUUCUUAUGAAAGCUUUGGCAACCAAGGCUGAUUCCCCAAGAACAGUUUAUAAUCUGACCUGUUCCCACAAAGAGCACCCAAAGCAUGCUGCUUUUAGCUAGAGAAAUAUUUACAUUUCAUUUUUGUGUUAUUUAGCCAACUCCGCAAGAAUCCCAUUUUGGGACGGAAACAAAAGUAAACAUUUCUCCAAUGUCAACACAGAUCCCAUAUGCUCAAGGACAUUUCUGAUACUCAACAAGAAUUUGCUCUGUGGGCUGGUGAGGAGGGGGUAAUUUAUUUGGGUUUAGCCGUUGAGUAAAAUUUUAUUUAUAGCAAGUCUUUGAUAAAAUGUGACUCCUUCCUUCAUUAGAAAGGAAAACAGAACUGACGUUUUUGUUUUGCUUGUCACAAAUUAUAAGGAUUAAAGAACAGACACAUGGUUGACAAUAGGUGUCAUUUCACAAGCAGAACCAGUUUAUAAGCAGCAGAAUAGUCUCUAGUCCUGCGGGUGUGUUUUGUACACUGUACAAACAUUGCACACAUGGAGCAGGUGUAGCCCCCUGCAGCAAGGGUAGCCAACAUGGUGCCCUCGAGAUCUUUUGGAUCUAAACUCCCAUAAUCCCUGACCAAUGGUCAUGCAAGCUGCGGCUGAUGGAAACAGUAGUCUAAAUCAUCUGGAGGGCACGAUGUUGUCUACCCCUGCUCUCCAUGGAUGCAUCGAGUUUCCACUUGUAUGGCACCCAAUACAAUAUAGAUACUACAGAAAUAUUUGUUGCUGUUCUUUUCACAAAUGAUGAAACAGUUGAACUCAGUUGGGUAGAACAUGGUGCUGAUAACGCAAAGGUUGCAGAUUCGAUCCCCGUAUGGGAUAACUGCAAAUUCCUGCAUUUCAGGGGGUUGUACUAGAUGAUCCUCAGUGUUCCUUCCAACUCUGCAAUUCUAUGUGGAUUGGCAGAAUAGAUCUACAAAGGGUAUUAUGCCCUUUUAUGAGUGGUGAGCAAUAUCACUGUCAUGCAAAUGACCAAUCUAGGAUGUUUACUCACAUCAUAACGGAGGGCUAAACCUGGAAAUGCAUCUCAGAGCAGAUUGAGAUUCUGUUAUCUGUCUCUAAGCAUCAAAGUAUCCAUUUGUAAGGAUCUUAGCCAGAGAGAUCUGUGUGCAAAAGGAUUCUCAUCCUUGGCCAUGAAUGGCUAAAACAAAUUUGUUUUUGGUUUAGUUUAGCACUGCUAGGAUGAUAUGCAUUCAUUAUAAUGGAUUUCUUGACCUAGCACAUCUCUCCCCAUUCUUUAGCUCCCUAGAAAUUAUUUGUCUGUUUGAGGCAGCGUAAUAGCAAUCAACUAACGUAGACAAAAACUCACCUUUGCUUUUCAUAUCUGCACAGUUGCUAAGGAAGUAAGGGUUUCUAAGGAAGUUGCAUUAUGCCACACAUUCCUCUUUGCAGAAUAAUAAUAAUUUUGAAGUCAAAAUGCAUUAAGUAAGGGGAAGUGCAUUUGAAUCAUUCUGGCAAGAGAAUUAAUGACUGAAAUGGCAGGAGUUUGUUUCAUACAAUAUGUUUGCAGGAUGCAUGCAGAAAUCAGCAGCGCUGCAUAAGUGUAAAAACCACAGCUAACAUUUCUUCUUUCUUUGGCGAUCACGAGUACUCCCAGUAGCCAACAUUUCAUAUCAAGCCAAAAAGGAGAGCUACUUUUCUGGUAGAUAUGAAGAUGUAUCUUGGGCAUAAUAAAAACCUUAUCUACCUGCGCUGAGAUUGGGCUAGUUGGGAGCAUGGGAGGGAGAUACCUUGCCAUAUGCUCCAUUAGAAAUGUUCUCUAUUUAUAUGCAACUAAGGAAAUGGUGCCUUUCAUUCUGAGUACCUUGCUGAAGAUAUUUCCUCCCCGUGCAACAUAGCAGAUAGAUGAUAAAUUCAAAUGUAGGAACAUACACACAUACACAAAAAAUCUAAAGCCAUUGGAAAACCAUGUCCCAUACAGCUGGUCCAUCUCCAAAUGCGAAUGAUAAAUCUGUGUAAAAGUUUCAGAAAUAUGAAUAGUCCAGGCCAAUAAACAGACCAAUCAAAGCAAUGUCCCUCAUUCACAAAGUUGCUCUUGCUUGUUGCUGCACCAUCCAAAUGUGGCGCUGAGAACACUGCUUUUAAAUCCAUUUGGGUGGCCAGAAUGCAGCUUGCCUAGACGUUGUUUAAAGAGGUUACAUUGAUGCAUAGCUAAGAGAAAUGAACGUGAGGCCUGUACAUACAGCUCAAAGUCCAUGUUAUGGCACUGUAGCCAGCCAUUUAUGAAUAUAUCAGGUGGUAUCCAACUAAGUUUUACUCAGAGUAGACCCACCGACAAUGGCUAAGAUUCACUAAUUUCAAUGAGUCUUGUAACAAACAUGCAACCACAAGGUCUUCAUUCUAUAAAGCACUCUUUCCCAUUUCCAUUCCCCAAAAAUAUCGUCACUUGUAUACCUCAGUGUAUGCUGAGGGCCACUGUGCGUGUGAAUUGUGUGUUGGGUAUGAAGGUAUGAGCAGGGCAGGCUGCUUCAAGCUUCUUCUCUGGGUAACCUUGGUCAGUCAGUGCCACUCAAACUAGACUAUAUUCCAAGAUGGUGAGAACGUGUAUGCAUGUGUGUGUAAAAAGUGGUGCACUUCACACACUAAGUCAUAUCAUUGCUUGUAAGUCAAGUUCAUGAUGUCAUGAAUGAAAGCUGGCAUUUAUACUGCCUCACACCCUAAACACAGCACUGCCUUUUUAAAAUACCCUCCCCCGCCCUGUCACAUAGGGAACCAAGUAAAGAGCCCAAUACCCUACUUGCAAACUCCCAGUGCACAUUGUGAAAAGAUACUAUUGCUUAAUGUGCUGCUUGGGUUAGGAGGGCACGACCUCACUUAGUGCCAACCUGCCACAGCCUCAUACACAGCUUCAAUGCUUUUCAGUUGAGCAUAUGCUGCGUUGCCUCCACACUUUGGGUUUUAGUCAUCACGCUCUGCAUCCUGUUGCUUUCUGAUUAAGAUCGCUAGCAGGGUGGUGUCUCUCAAUUGGUAUUUUAAGAGUCUCAGCAGAACAAUUUCCUGUGGCUUGUCCACAGUUCAAGAGGAUGCAAGCAGGGCUCGCUAGCAGCCUAUUUGUUGAUCGCUUUCAUUUUGUCGUCAAAUUCUUUCUAAUGCUCUUUAUUAGGAGUUGUCUCUCUUAGAACUCUAGUUCAGUGCUGUGGAUCCUGAGAGAUGUAAACAGGCCAAUCCUGUAUUUACUCAGAAACAAUGUUCCAGUGAUUUCACUUAAUACUUACUUCUCCGUAAGACAGCAACAUAUCAUACGCCUUGAGGCAAAGGCAAAUGGUCUUGGCCCAUUGAAAUUUUGCAUUUUGUUUUUGUCUUUGAACAGCUCUCCCCAACUCCAUCUCAUAUCAUAAAUUGCCACUUGAAACCCCCCUCCAAAUAAAAAAGCAUUUACUAUGCACAAAGGGGCUUGCUCCAUGAGGAAAAACAACUGUAAAGCUCCCUUGUGAAUGUCACAGUUCUUGGGUAGAACUUGGCUAAUAUGCGUAAUGUUAUGUCUCCAUGGAUUUGCCAAGAGAAUUCAUUUUGACAUCAUUUCAGAGCAAUGUUAGGCAGAAUUAGGCAUACUUAAGCCCAUUGAUUUGAAUGGUUCUAGGUGCACCUAGCUCUGUUGCAGGUCUGGGCUGUUAAGCAACUGGUACAUCCAGGAGCAAGUGAGUGUGCCUGUAAUUACAAGUCCCACAUCUUAAACGUCCACCUCCCCAUGUUAUCCUCCUGCUUCACUCAGCAGUAGAAGCUUAACAAGAUUACUUUCAAACUGAACCAAACCCCGAAAGAGGAAGAGACAAAUUAAGGAAUAAACAUAAGCCACCAGGCUUUAGGUGGGGUGGCUUAAAUGUUUUACCUUUUUGAGAAUGGAGGGAACCCAUUGAUAUUGUUGAAAGAUUAAUGAACAAUCAGUUGCUUAAAAUACAUCCAACUUGGAAAGGCAAGAUCAUAUUUGCAUGAUCUUAAAACUGUACAUUACUGGUAGUGAGCAUCUUUUGUUGAAGAGGAUUUCAGGUAACUUAAUCUGGUACACAUUGCACAAAAUGGAACUCUCAGCAGUUCCAAUAUGCAGUCAAUAGAGCCUGGUUUCACUUGAAUACAAUAGCCAUUGUCAAGUUUUCAUGAAUAGCGGUAUUUUAAUUGACUAUGAAACUGUGCGCACACACAUGCAUGUUCCAGAGAAAAAACGGGUCUAUUGCUUCUUCCUAGUAUGGCUGAAAACCAUAUGUACAACUGCCCUAAGAUGCAUGGAAGAGUGGACUUUAAAUGAGGUUAUGAACAGAACAAAGAAAAGCACAGCCACUAAGGAGGUUGGAGCCCCCCACUCAACAUACUAAGCACUGCUCAGUGCAGGAGUGGCAAACCUGUGGUCCUAACUGUUGCUGGACAUCAAAUUCAGUAAGCAUGGAAGGCGAUGGGGAUAGUGGGAGUCUGGAAAGCUUGUUCCCCAUUCCUAGAAUGGGAGUAUGGCAUUUAAGACCAAAAUAUUGGUGCUAUGGAAAUGGUUUUCUAGGAACCUUGGAUAUCAAUGGUCACCUUAUCUAAAAAGGGGGCUUGUUCAUUUUCCUCCUCUGCAAUGCACAACAUUGUUAAGGGGUAUUCUAUGACAGGCAUCUUCAACCUUGUUGGACUCGGGACAUGGGUCUGAAACAUGCACUUGGGGCCCCAUUUCUUAAAUAUUUUGCCAUAUAUUUGCAUGGUGGCGAUGCUGCUGCUGUGACCUACCUUGGAUCACCAGUUGGAAGACCAGUGUUUUAGAGCACCCUCAUCAAUUUGUACAGGACAGCAAGAUGCAGCUGAGCAACACCAACCUGGCGUGAACCACACAUCUGCAACACCCAGGACUUCCUCUCAGGAGACCCCCAAAUGUAGCAAGUUUGAAAGUUGCCACCUUAAGGAAUUAACACUGACUGCAGCAGCAAUGACAUGGCAAGGUGAAAAGAAGUCUUCAAAUCAUUCCCCAGCUGGAGGCUGCUGUGAUGCACUAAAGACAACCUCCAUGCACAGGCAUCCAAAACUGCCAGGUUUUGCUGAACAUGAUUUUUUAAAAAUGUUGAAAGGGGAAACUGUUGCAAUAAAUAUACUGCCAAAACACUGUCGAUAUAAUUUGGUAGUCCAAUGCCUUUUAUAA